CCUGCUGGUCCCCAGCUCUGGCAGAGGGAGGAGGGGUAGUGUCCCAGCCUAGCCCACAAAAAAAACGGAAUUUCAUUGACUGUGUAUUGAGAGAGACACGUUCUACUGGGAGCUGCUAUACAUUGUAUCCAUCCCCCACCUUGUGACAUUGUAUCCUGCUCAAUGAGAGCCAGCCAGCCAGCAGACAGAAAGCACAGACAGUCCCUCUCUGCAGCACCCAAGGAGACCUGCAUCUGCACCAGCUGGUGAGCAAUUCUCACUAUUGCAACUUAGUAACCAUUUCUGUCAGCACCUGCAAGGCUCCCUCACUGGCUGUGAGAUUUAUUAAAACCACAACAAAGCUACAACAGUAUCAUCACUAGUGGGAAAGUGACAAGAGGGUCACCAGAGCCAUCUCCUGGAGGAAGUGAGCUUUCUUUAUUUCUCUUUCUUUCCUUCUCUCUCUUUUCAUUAGCCUUGCAUGUGUUUACAUUUUCAAGAACGCUCACAUCUGUCUUGUUCCAUCACACACUAGUGUUUGGCAAAUCUCAAAGUUCAGUCCUUGGCAGCUGACAUCAUAUAGCCCUGAGCAAGAGCACUGCAAGGCUCUUUGUGCACACAGGGCAUUUAAUCACAGUUCUCCUGUCUCUGCUCAAUGUGCAUUUACUCUGCCCCUCUCUUCCUGGAAGAUUUCUCCUUAAACUCUGUUAUGAACCAGAUUGCCAGAAAUCUCUAGAAAUCAUUUGAGCAUUGACACAUUUUACAGUCUAACAUCAAGGAUCAAUAAUUAUCUCCAGGUACGUAUUUGGUAUAGUUUUAUUUGUACAUGGACAGCAGCACAACUGUCUUUCUUUGUGUAUGUUUUGUAAUUGCUUGGAAUUAUAAGAUCACAAUUUUAUUCUGUAGGAUAUAUCUUUUUAGCGAAUUAGUUGCAAUGCUGCUAUGAAUUGACUUCUAACAAAGCCCUGCAGGAGAGUAUGGCUGUGUGUGAUAGGAUGGACAUCUAAAUGUAUACUUUUUAAUAUGUAAGGAUAUGGUAUAGCCUGAACGGCAACGCCUAUUACCAGCCAACCACAGGACCCUAUAGCACACAGCUCCUGGAUUUAUAGAUGUUGGUUAUAUCAAAUGAUUUGUGUGACACUUUUAUUGCUGGACUAUAAAUAAUGGUCGUUGAAAUGAGUGUAUUGAUCAUUUUUGGGUUGGUACUGUACUCAUUUUGUGGUGAGAACUUUUUUUGAAUAUGGUGCCCCUUGAAAAUUGAAUAAUACAUGGAUUAUUGUAAUUAGUCAUUUUUUUUUCUAAAAUAUUCUCGGUGUUACAUUAAAGAUGAGUUGGUUUCGGUGAUUAUUUAAAGUGGUGCGAAUGAGGGUUGUGAGGAGUGUUUUAAUCCGCGUUUUGUUUGGUCUGAUUUUAGGAAUGGAGACAAUUAGCAUGUCAGUGCUGAAGAAAGCGAAUGAACUGGAGCAGAUGACAGAGAUUCUGAUCAUUGGCGAACAGUUAAGGUAACAAAGGAAUCUUUCUGAUGAAUUAUUUCAUACUGACCUAGCUAUGGAUAAUGCAAAUAAAUAAACAUACAUUUUCUGGAAAUAAAAAAACGCCAUGUGAGUUUGUGUGUAAAAGACUGCGGGAUGCUGCCUUCUCGGUGUUAAUCCUGUGUGUUCAUUUGAAGCUGGGUGGGUGCGGUAAACCUUGUUACUCGCCAGACAUAUUAAGCAACUUUACAAGUCUACACUGUAGGAGCAAAAAACCUCUUCAUUACUGGUCAGCCACAUCCAGCAACAUAACCAGUUUAUUCUUUAGAAAUCACUAACCUCUACUUACUAGUCAGACACAGUCCACAAUAUAACAAGUCUGUUCUCUAAAGAUCACUAACCGUUUCUUACUAGUCAGACACAGGACACAAUAUUCUCUAAAGAUCACUAACCUCUUUGUUACUAGUCAGACACAGUCCACAAUAUAACCAGUCUAUUCUCUAGAGAUCACUAACCGUUUCUUACUAAUCAGACACAGUCCACAAUAUAACCAGUCUAUUCUCUAGAGAUCACUAACCUCUACUUACUAGUCAGACACAGUCCACAAUAUAACAAGUCUGUUCUCUAAAGAUCACUAACCGUUUCUUACUAGUCAGACACAGGACACAAUAUUCUCUAAAGAUCACUAAUGUCUAUUCUCUAAAGAUCACUAACCUCUUUGUUACUAGUCAGACACAGUCCACAAUAUAACCAGUCUAUUCUCUAGAGAUCACUAACCGUUUCUUACUAAUCAGACACAGUCCACAAUAUAACCAGACAUUCUCUAGAGAUCACUUACCUCUUUUUACUAGUCAGACACAUCCAUCAACAUUACCAGUCUAUUCUGUAGAGAUCACUUACCUCUUUUUACUAUUCAGACAUAGUCCACAAUAUAACCAGUCUAUUCUUUAGAGAUCACUAGCCUCUUCUUACUAGUCAGACACAUCCAGCAACAUUGCUAUUCUAUACUAUAGGCCAGACACUUUCAGCUGUACUGUAUACAUUUUAGGAACACUUGCUUCUCCAUUAUUCACACAUUCAGCACUGUUAGCAGUCUGCACUUUAGGAACAAAAACUACUCCGUUAAUGGACAGAUACAGUCAUCGACAUUAACAGUCUGCACUUUAGGAGACUAACCAAUCCGUUACUGGCUAAACGCUUUCAGCAACAUUGCCUGUUUAACGUUACACCUGGUAGCUACUCUGUUACUAGCCAGUUAUAUAGGUGUUUCAGCUGGUAUUAAUAAAAAAGGGGAACUUGUAAGUUACAAAACAAUUACUAACGGUCUUAUACAGAGCAUACAUUCUUUUUUUUUUUUUUUAAUAUACCACAUGGUUACUGGUUUUUGGCUAUAUUAGGCACUACAGUUGCUGUCCAGUAUAUGAAUUCAAUGCAGUCUCCUUAGACAAACAUUGGCAGUAGGACAGAUCAUGCUGCAUAUAUUUGGGACUUUAAAGUAAAGCUGUCAUGUGAUUUUCAACUUAACCUAAAUCUGCCGAAAACACAUUGAAUACAUCAUAUAUCACAGAGGUACAUGAUGCGUUCAAUGCAAAGUUUUAAGAUAUACUCACGUUACCUCAGUUUCAGCGCCGCCAUGUUGUAAGCUUUGUGGGCGUCACUCUUUUGUCACACCCACCUCUAGUCCACCCUUCGCUCCGCAUGCAGUUAUCUUUCAUUUCCCAUGCUUGGGGUCGUCUUCCUCUGUGACGCUGACACACUGGCUUCAUUGCCAGCGUGCCGGUGCCUGAGCCGAGUGACUUAAAGGACCACUCUAGGCACCCAGACCACUUCAGCUUAAUGAAGUGGUCUGGGUGCCAGGUCCUUCUAGGGUUAACCCAUUUUUUCAUAAACAUAGCAGUUUCAGAGAAACUGCUAUGUUUAUGAAUGGGUUAAGCCUUCCCCCUAAUCCUCUAGUGGCUGUCUCAUUGACAGCCACUAGAGGCGCUUGCGUGCUUCUCACUGUGAUUUUCACAGUGAGAGCACGCCAGCGUCCAUAGGAAAGCAUUGUAAAUGCUUUCCUAUGUGACCGGCUGAAUGCGCGCGCAGCUCUUGCCGCGCGUGCGCAUUCAGCCGGCGGGGCCGGAGGCGGAGAGGAGGAGGAGAGCUCUCCGCCCAGCGCUGGAAAAAGGUAAGUUUUUACCCCUUUCCCCUUCCAGAGCCGGGCGGGAGGGGGUCCCUGAGGGUGGGGGCACCCUCAGGGCACUAUAGUGCCAGGAAAACGAGUAUGUUUUCCUGGCACUAUAGUGGUCCUUUAAGUCAUUCCAUUCCUGUGCUCCUUAGCCAGGGUUAUCAGCAUCAGCUAGUGUGUUACCAUAGCAACCACCAUGCACGCGCUGUGGUUUCUGUGUGUGUGGUGUAGAAGGACCACUCUUGGGCAUAGAUUGUAGGCUGAAGAAUUGACUGGCACUUGGGAGAGAGACCAAUUUUUAAAUAGAUUUUUUUUCUCCAAAUCUAUACAUUUUAUGGUAUUUCAAAAGAGCAUAAGUUAUAGCUACAGCGAAAGAUACCAUUUAAUCAUAGCUCUUUAAUAAAACACAAUUUUUCCAACAAGUCAAUUUAGUCAGAUUUCAUCCCUGCUAGUUCAGCUCUGGUCAAAUGCAAGUGUUCAUCUAGGAGCCAGCAAGUGACUACUGGGCCAGUGAAUGCACAUUGGUUGUCUUUAGAAAUUCUCACUGUUGAGUUCCAAGCUGUCUCUGGAAGCAUUGUCAGCAGAAUUGCUGCUCACCGGAAGCUUUAUGAAAUCAGUUUUAAUUACUGAGCAUUUGCACACAAACCUAAGAUCAACAUGCACAAGGCAAUCGUUAUGUGGAGUGACAUAAAGGUCAUCUCCACUGGACCGUGGAAGAGUGGAAAAAGCUUUCUCUGGAGUGAUGAAUCACUGUGCACCAUCUGGCAGCUCGUUUGAUGGUUGCUAAGUUAACGCGAUUUACCUGGCGUCAUAAUGCCAAGUUCUGAUCUGACAUAUUUUUGUUUGUUUUUUUGGUUGUGGUUGAGCUACACUACUUCCAAUGGAGGGCAUUAUUGUAGUAAAUCAUACAAUUGCAAUGUAGAUGUAUCUGUGUUCCCAGUGUUGUGUGUGAAAGAACAUCAUUACCAUGCCACCUAUUCACAAAACAAUUUUCAUAAUUGGUUUAUUUGGGGUCCUGUGUGGGAAUCUUGACUGCAGUGCAAAAUAUCCUAAGCUCAACACCUCAUUAAUGCUUUUGGAAUCAAAUCCCUGCUGGAGUCUUCCAACAUCUAGUGGAAAGCCUUUUCAGGAGAGUGGAUGUAGUUUUAAAAGCAACUAUCAACUCCUUAUUAAAGUGUCAUUGUCACGUUUGAGGAAUUUUAAUUUUUUGCAUUGUUGGGGAAAAAGUAGAUCUACUUCUAUGAACUUGUCACUUCUUGGUGCCAUUUUGUUCUUCAUUAUCUUCAGCACCAGAAAACCUAAUCUGUCUGGAGCUGCCAUCACUAACAUGAUCCCAACAUGUUUCUCAACAAUCUCAACAUGUUUGAUGGUACAAAACAGCGUUCAGCGUGGCAAAGCAAAUAAGGAUCUUUUUUCCUUUACAGCUGUUUCUUUAGGCAGCUGGUUACUUAAUAAAAUAUAGUUCUGCUGCGUGCUGUGUAUGUAUUUUGAUUUAUAUAUGUAAAAAUAAUGGUGGUGCUUGGGGAAUGGCUGGUUAAUAUUUGUGUGAGGGCAGAGGGGACGCAUACCCUUGACCAGCCUAGAACAACAAAAAGCCUGCGUAGUCCAUUGGGUCUACGGCUGUUCCAAUGAAUAUUCCAUAGAUAAUCUAUUGGUUGCGCAAUAAGAUGGAGAGUGCAUGACGGAAAAUAGCAUUAUGUGUGUGAAAGCUCCAUCCAUUUCUGCAAUUUGCCAACAGUCCUGUGCUACAUGCAUUAACGAAAUUUUCACUUUGUCUCAUGAAUUUAAUUGCAUUUCAGUGAUAUUUCAACAUACUCAGAAGUUUCUCAAUAGGAAUCUAGCGCCAGUUUAAUGUCCCUGAUUUUGGAAUGAAAUAUUCAACAAGCAGGUGAAUUCGCUGAAAGGACAUUUGUCCUCCUAAAAUUGUUUUCUUGGAUUACAGAAUUUAGAAUCCUUUUAACAAGUGUCCUGCAGUGACCUACUGUGUCUUUGCCAAUCGGAGAAGUAGAAGGGAUUGUUCUUCCAAAAUAAGAUUUUGGGCAUUAUGGGCUCUUUCUCUUCUGCCCUUCCCUAGAAGCAUGUGCCAAAUCCAUGGUCAUGCUCUUGUGGGCCUGUUGUAGUGGUUAUGGUAUUUGGAGUGUUCCUUUUUAUCAGUUUCUAUAACCUACAAUCUAUGGCUUUAAAUUUAAAUUGCUGUCACUUUAAAAAAAAUGUUUUUUUUUUCAUUUUAUUUUUCUAUUUAUUUUUCAAAUAAAAUAAGCUGUCUUAAAUAAUUGGUUAAUAAAUUACAAAAUGACAUUUCUCAUUAAGAUGCAUAAUUGAAGUUCUACCUAUUGUAGCCAACAGACAUGGAGCCUCCUUCAAUACUAUAUAACUGGGCCCUCCGACAUUCUUUAAAUGACCCUCAGUAGGACUGACCCAUUGAAGUCUGAUUGGGGAAAAUAGCUGUCAGCUGUGUGGCAAGGUUUAAGAAUGUGUGAGGGUAAAUAGCCGAAGUUCCCAUGUGAGCAUUCCACUCCAGGCAUUUGGCCUUUGUACAUAAACAGUCUUAGAACAGCUAAGAAACCCUUAGGUUUGUCUUUAAGGGUCCUGGCGUUUGUUAUAAGAGCAAGUAACUAGUCUGCUUUUAGGCAGUGUUUAGAUUAUAUUGCCUUAUUUAUGACUUUAAUAUUUUCCCUACACACGCCAGUCACACAAAGGCACAAAGUAUCACUAUACCCAAGGCUUCCAUUAAUAUAAUAAUAAUUAUUAUUAUUAUUUUUAUAAUUAUUAUUAGUUGUUUAUAUAAUUAUACUUUCACCUCUGGAUAUUUGAAACUGGAAAACCUUAAAAUGAAAUUAGUUCAAUAUUGUCUGUUCAGAAAAACUGGAUACAUAUUUAGAAAUUGUUUUACAAUUAUUCCAAUUAAAACCAAAUCUAUGAACUGCAUUUGGCAGCAAUUAGGCCAGCAUACCGCACACAUUUUGACGAUGUAAAUCACUGGCUUUCCUCAUAACACAUAUGGCUGGACUGGACAUGGUGUGCUACUCUUUAUUACAAAAUGACAUUUCAUAUUUAAUAAUUUGGUUAUUGCUUAGAGGGGAACUACCGCUUACCUGGAAAUUUCACAAUUGAAUAAGCCAUUGAAAGUUACCUAUAAUUUGUGUUAAACUUUCUUCAUUUUCUUGUACAUGAAAGAUUUAGCAAAUUACAUCACAAUCCAAUUGAGUUCAGACACAUAUUGCAAAGGAGUAAUAGGAUCAUUGUUUAAUUUCUCCUCUUCUCUGUAUGUUCUCUCUGUGCUGUCAGGUACAAAGGCCAGGCCCCAUAAUAAUGACUGACGGGGAAGUAAUAUAGAGGUGUAGAUAUCUAUUUAAUUUUAUUUUUCACAACUCACAAAUACACAUUUUUUAAAAAAAAUUAAUGUUUAUUGAGAGUUUUCAAUUAUAUAGUCUGCAGUCAGAGAAACGCCACAUACCUUGUGUAACACCAAGUAAGUCUAGCAAUAUUGAGUGGUUGUCAAAGCCGAUAUGACAAUCUACUGUAACAGAGUAAUGGUAUAUGGCACUCCAAGGUAUAACAAAUGUUAGGGCUAGUGCUGCAGGACCAGGUCCCUGUUCUGCAAAAAACUCACUACUAAUUGACGUAAUUCUCAGCACACGGAAGUGUUGUCUUAUGGUGGUGUAUGUGUCACCCAACCUGAAAAGGACAUUUCAAUACCUUCUGUAUCUUUCUCAAGCCAUGGCUCACAUACCGUACCAGAGAAAAUAUUGAGCUAACCAGAACCCAAACAUGUUAACAUCAACAUGACACCAACCAUUCUAGCUCUCUGAUAGUUCCCCGCCAACACAUUUCACAUUCCUGCUCCAAAUGCCUAUAGGAUUUGUAUAAUAUUAAAUCCUGGGAAGUAACAAUUCUUCUUUGUUUGCCAUAGUGAAAAAAAGUCUAUUUGCCAAGUGGAGGUACUUGAAUAGCUAUAAACACCACACUAGCAAAUGUUGCCUUUUUGUCUAUAGUAUGGCCCCCAUACUAUGGGGAGAUAAAAAAAAAUAUUCUCAAAUUUGCUUCGCUCGGGUGUGUUAAUUUUAAGUGUUCCCUUUAUGUCAAAGUAAUUUAUUAAACCCAGAAUAUCCAAGCUGUCACUAUGGCUGAUUUGAAGCAUUUUUCAUAAAAAUCUGUUUUUCAUCUAACUUUUGCAGUUUGAUUUCCAUUACUCUUUGUGUUUAGUGAAUGAAACUCUUUGCGUUUUAGUAUAAAAGCGAAAAUGCUAUUUUUUUUUUUGUGUUGUGUUCAAGAUUAUGCACUUUUGGAUUCAUUAACUGGCGUAAUUCUAUGGAAUUUUGUUUCUGAAAUUUGAUCAUAUCCUGUUUCGCUGAACUCAGUUUCAAAAAUUGGAUUAUCUGUCUUUAAAGAUUUAUUAUUUUCUUAAAAUGAUGAACUAUAUAGAAAGUUCAAUAGCAGAUUGAUUUCUAGUAAAUUUUUUAAAUAUAUUUAUUAAGUCACAAGGCAUUAUUGUAAAUGAUAGCAAAAUCACAGAAUUAAUCCAGUAUAUUUUUUGUGGCCUUGCUUAAUAUGGACAAUUUUAGGCUUCAUUCUCAGCACUUUUGUCCAUCCUUUUUUUUUUUUUUUAGCUAUUUUAAUUGACUUUGAAACCACAGGCCUAUUAAAUUAUACUUUAAAUUAUUAACAUUUCUCUCUUUGUUGUUUUUGUGUUUGCUGCUACACACAGUCGAUUUCAGUUUCACAGUUUUUGUGAAUACCUGUCUCAGCCAUUUUUUUUUCUGGCUAUUGCGAAACAUGUUGAUGUUAGUAGUUAAAAAAUAGUAACUAUUACAGUACAUUCCGUAGGCAGUGCAUGUUCAUGAUAGCUUUACCUCAGUCCUCCCAAGUACCACACAACUGCUUACUCAUUAGUAAAUAGUAUAUUUGGUCACCUAUUUCAUUUAAACAUUAUGGAUUGAUUCACAAUGAGUUGAACAUUCCAACUAAUAUCAGUUUUAGGUUUCAUCAAUGUCCUUGAAUUUUUUUUACUCCUCGACAUUUUUAUUGUUUAGUAAAUUUACUCAUAUAAUGUUGUGCUACUACAACCUACAUAUAUUUUGCUAUAUUUUUUCAGUACCUCCGUUUUGUCCUUAAUGGUUGUCCAUUCACCACUAUUCAAUGUAAAGAAUACUCACGUUUUUUUUCUCUUCCGAAAGCAGAUUAAUUGACCUGUUGCUGAAGUUAGCUUAAGAACUUGGAUAAGCGGCACAAUAUUAUCUGUGAUCCCGUAGUGUUGGAUGUAGGACAUUUUGUGUAUAAGUUGCCAUUGAAAGUGUUUUGUUUUCCAUUUUAUAUAUUACAUAUGACAAAAGCCAUUAGAAAUUUUGGAGUACAAUAUUUUUACAUAUUUGAAAUCGGUCUGAGCUAAUGCAAGUUUUGAUCAUCUUCAGUGUAGACGUGACCGGUGUUGAUUGUUUUAUGAUCCCACUAACAUAGAGCAUAGUCCUUAUGGCCUCAUUCAGGAUGGAUUCAGCAAGCAUUGUGCAUGGGGGAUCUGUAGUACUUUUUCUAAUAUAAACAGAUGUUUGUUAUCUCAGCUCUGCAUUUCCUGUGUGCUUUAGAGAAUUCAAGAUGAUUUUGUAAAAAAUUACACUUGAGCUGGAAAACACUGAAAAACAACUGUUAAAGUCUAGUUAUUUAUGUAUUUUUGCUUAUAGUAAACAUUUAUAUUCUCAAAUUCUGGUUGUUUUUCUUUUCAGUAAUGUAGCUUCAUUAUAUUCCUAGGUGUAUUAUUAUUUUAUUAUUAUUAUUAUUUUAUUAUUUAUAUAGCGCCAUCACAUUCCGUAGCCCUAUACAAUGUAUCUAUGUGUUGCAUAGCUUUUUGUGAGUGUUGAUGUUUGGUACAUUCUACUCUUCGUUCUGUCUGUUAAUCACCGUUGCCUAACUUUCUUUCUCAAUAUGUACGUCCUUGCUCUUAUCUCGCCUGCAUUAAGCCUCAUUUCCUUUUCUUUAUUCCCUUUAAUUUCUGCUUACCGUUUCCUUUCUUCCUCCAUCUACUCUACCUUUUCUGUCAGUGUACCUUGGAUUCACAUGACCAUGAUUCCUGUGAUCGGUUAGUUCUGUCAGUAAUGAGACACACUUAUCAUGCUAAACAAAUUAGAUGCAGACAUACAUAUUUAUACACCAUACCCAGGAUCUACGGAACUUAAUAAUACUGCCUUGACAAUGUUGCAUCGUUCUGAUAUUUGUGGUAAUCCUCUUAAAGGAACUGUAUGGGCACCAUAAUAACUUCAUCAAAAUUAAGUUGUUAUGGUGCCCAGAGAUCCCUGGCGCAUUCUUACCAGAAGGGAUUAAACCUCUAUUGAAUGGGUUAACCCUAAAGGUUGCUCUUCAGCACCUGAUCUGUCCCCAGCAGCAUUCGGUUUUAUCUUUUGUCCAGUGCAGUUUCAGGAAGCAUGGACUGCUGAUUGGCGUAGAGUGGAGAAAAAUAUGAGACUAAUCCUUGGCAGGGGCACUGCUUAUUUUUUUUUUUUUCUCCACUCUAAGGCAAUUAGAGGCACGACGUGCUUUCUACCCCUGCCGGUAAGAAAGCUCCAGGGACAUCUGGGUACCAUAACAACCAUGAACACUUCAAAACAAUGAAGUCAUAGUGCUAGGAGUAACUCUUUUUAACUUUUUUAGUUGCAAAAGAUGUCCAUAGAAUAUGAGGUAAUGUAACCUUUUGGAACUGAAAUUUGAUGUGACAGGCAUUUUAUCUCACUAACCAAUAAAGGAAAAGGGAAAUAAAGAUGAAGUUGAGGAAACACUAAAUGCAAUACUCCUAAUAAGAUGUCUUGGGAAUGUAUUAUUAUUAUUAUUAUUAUUUAUUUAUUUAUUUAAUCAAUUUCCACUGAUUGUGGGUAGACGUGACUGGACAUGCAGCUGAACCAGUUGAUCAUACGUUGAAUUAGUAAAAAAAAUUUUUUUUUUAAAUUUAAAUAUAUAAAUAAUGGCUCUGCGGUUAUAUUUCUGCAAUAAUUUAUCUCUACAGACGUUUUAUUUUGUUGUUUUAUCUCAUUUAGCAUCUAGAACACUAACAUUGUGCAUUGGCAUUUAACAAACCUGUUCAUCACUCUUAACUCAUGUACUAAGACUGGAACGGCCUCUUUCAAAGGUUGCCGACACAGAAUUCAGAUGGCUGUUGCUUAGUAUCUGGAAUGCCUUGUGGAAAGCUGUGAAUUGUUCCUUAGGACUGACCAAGGAAUUUAUUAAAACGUUCUCCUUGUUCCGUAAAACUAAAUCUCACUAGAUCAAACGUAGACAGAUAUUGAUAAGUCCUAUGUUAAUGACAUGUCUAUUUUUUAAAGUAUAUACUUAAAGCAUUUAAUCUGAUUUGUAGGCCUGUAGUUCACGUCAUCCAUACUCUGAAAAGUGCUUUAGAUAUAAAAUGCUAGGAUGAAAACCACAAAUUUAUAUUCAGAAAAAUUGGAGAUUAACCGAGACCAUUGGCUCUCAACAUGCCAGAUUUGAUUGAUAAGCCAGUCAGUUAAAAGUAAUCAAUUUCUGUACUGCCGUUCUUUUGGAUACCAAACUGCUGAAUUAUUUUUACUGUGGAGACAGGAACCAUUAAUAAGGAGUUGUCCACUCUGCUGAGUGUACUCCCCAUGUGCACUGCAUCAAUUCCUUCAAGGGAUAUCGGAUAUCGAUUAAUUAUUUUUUUUUGUCAGAAAGCUCAUAUCAAAUGUAACAACAAAAUUAUAUUUAUUCACAUCCCCCACCACCACUGUCUCCACUGUCCCAGCUGUAACAUGCAUAUCAGGCCAGGCCAUGUUACCAGGUUAGCUACAUUUAAAGAGGCCAUAUCACCUUUAGGGGUCUUCACAUAUUUUAAAUAGACCCACAAAGGUGACAUAUUAAUAGCUGGUUCUGAAGAAAUAUGGUAGGUGUUAUACAGCUGAAUUAGUGCAAAUGCACAUAGAAUUAAUUAUUGCAAAUGAACAAACAUACAAACCGCACUGUCUAGGUUAAUGGAUACAAUCAAACAUCCAAUAAUUAAAUCAAAAUUGGGAAGAAUUCCAGGAACCUGCACAAAAUUAAUGUGUAUUAAAGUGACUCUGUCACCGCAAUAUUGUUUCUGACUAUUUCAUGAAAAUAAAAUCUUUAUGAAGAUUAACGGUGCUAAAAAGUAGGAUCUACUCUGUCUUAUGAUCCAGCCAGAAGUAUACAAUUGGAUGUUUGAUUGUAUCCAUUAACCUAGACAGUGCGGUUUGUAUGUUUGUUCAUUUGCAAUAAUUAAUUCUAUGUGCAUUUGCACUUAUUCAACUGUAUUACACCUACAGUAUUUCUUCGGAACCAGCUAUUAAUAUUGUUACUGUAAAUAAAUGGAUUAAUAAUGAGUAUACAUUAAGCACAACUGAAAUGACUUAAAUGUUCCAAUUUAAGUAAAAAUCGAUAUUUUUGUAAUUUUGUUCAUUUCUCCUAGUUAUGUUUUUGUCUAUCUAAAUGUGUAUAUAAAUUGAGUUUUACCGUGCUUUCUGAAACACACAAUUGUUAAUCAUUUAAUUAAAAAGCGUAAAUGUCAACAUGCAUGCUCUGUAGAUAGUUUUUAGUGAAUGCUCCUGCAUGUUUUGGCCGAUUCUACCCUUACUAAUUUACCUUCCAAGUGACAACCAUUUUAAAAUUAGGAAAGCUACAAGUCCUAAAAUUACGCAAUUCGUGCUUUAAAAAAAUAUAUAUCUAUUUUCUCACUGCUUGCAGUGAUUUCAGAAUGACCAAUUUCACAAAAAGUAAAAGAGCAAAAUGUGUUUUGUAAUAAUGAAAUAAAAACAGAAAAUAAAAAGAUUUUCUAUAGCUUUUGGUUUGAAAGGGAUUUGAGUUCCAAGCCUUUCUAGUGGGGGGUUGUAGAAGGGAUUUGAAUGGAUGUCACUAAAGAAGGAACUGAACAAGGAUGUUAAGGAAGUAGGAUAUCCUCAUAUAUUUUACACAAACACUCUCUCUCGGUAUUGGCCCAUUAAAACCUGGAGCCUCAAGUUAUGGGAGAUUGCAACUAGAGAUGACUUGAAUGUUGUCUUGCUCUGUGUUGGGAUUUGUUUUAUUCCCAUCAUUUUACAUAAUAACGGUCAGAUUGAGCUGCACGUAAUGUGGAACAAAUCUUUGUCACGUAGUUUAAGGCUUGGAGUUUAUUUCUCUUGUCAAAUGUGUUGUCAUCUAACUUUUUUUCAUUAGACCUGUAGUAAAUAACAUUCACGUAUCUAGUGUGCACCAGCAUUGGAAGUAGCUGGAUGCCAUCCACUUAAUGUUGUUUAUAAGUCACAGAUUAUUUAACAGAUUAAUUACAAACUAGAAUCUCUCCAGUGAAAUCUGCCAAGAAUUGUAUUCAGUAAUAUAAACACUGAGCUUUUUGUAACCUUUACCCCUUCCCCCAACCUCCCUGUGCUUUGAGUAGUUAUUUUUAUUGUAUGAUUUGUGAACAAUGUGUAUUUACACAAAACACUGAGUAUCAUAACAUACACUACACACAUUCGAUAUUAGUUAAUAUUGUUAUCAGAUUCCUGAUUCUACCAGCCACAAAUAUUUUUGUAAUUAACUAAGCCUUCAAUGGCUAACCUUUUUUACAUGUGUUAAUGUUUAUCUUUUUUUACUUGUUUACUGUAAAUUAUUGCUUGUUAAUAUUGCUUGUUAAAAUCAUAUUAUUAUUUUUUUACCUUGGUAUGUAUUUAAAUAUGGGGUUGGGUAUCUAAAAAUGAGAUAUUCCAGUUACCUGAGCUGCAAUUAGGUAUCCAAUAUUGCUUCACACGAAUACAAAACAAACCAAAAAAGCUCAAUAAAUUAUAAAGUAAAGCAGUUUCUUAACCGCUUCGACAGGAGACAAAUUUGAGUCCCAUGCUAUUUUAUAGGGUUCCCAGUGUUUGGAAAAGGCUAGUGAUUAUUAUUGCUCUAUUAUUAUUCUAUUACGAUUGAAGAAUGUGUCAUGAAGGUGAUUUUCCAUUUGUGAAAUUGGCCUCCAAGCAAAAUCCAUGUACGUAGUUUGGCCCUCUGUGAAGAAAAGGUUAAGAAUCUUUGACCAAAAGAAAUGCAAUAUAUCAGAUAUAACAUAAGUGAUGGGUAAUCAAAUUUAGAGAAGAAUAUGGUCACCAUUAUUGUCCUGGGAGUUAAUGCAUUUGAUUGACACUAAGUGUAAAAGUUGCUAAACUAGGAAAAUGUAAAAAAAUAAGUUACAAAAGAAAAUGCUCUUCUUUUCUGGCAUAAAAUAUAUUGAUGUUUUCUGAUUUCGAUAUUACAUUCCUCUCUCUCGCAUGCCUUUCUGUCCCACCUCCCUUCCCAAAUCUCCUCGACUUGUAAGGAUUGUUACUUCAGUCUCUUGGUGUAACGGCACCCCCAGGCAUAAAAGGGGUAAAAUGCUGUUUAGAGGAUAUUCCCUUCUAGAUAUACAGGCAGCUACUGCAGAACACCAAUCUCCCGAACUGGAAACACACAAAUGCUUCAAACUCCCGAACCGGAACCACACGAAUGCUUCAAACUCCCAAAUUAGAACCAUACGAAUACUGCAAACAGGCGAACAGGAAAAACCAUACGAACAGUUUACUCUCCUGGCAAUCGAUCUGAAGCAGCAUACAGUAAAUCCCCCAAGAACGAGACAAGGCUCCUUGUUGAGGGUCAAGCAGUGAUCUGAUUUAAUGGGGCUACCUGUCCGGUAUUUAUGCAGGUCCCUAGGGGACCAGAUGGAAGACUGGGACACAAAUGGUAAAAUGACCAAUCACAGGCAUACAGGAUUAAAACACUCCCAUAGUACAUUACAAUCCCUCCCCUCUAUCCUGGAGAUAAAUGGGAAGUAAUCCAAUUAUCUCCAAGGACAGAGGCAAAAUUCCAUUAACCACAUGGCAGUAAAAAGACAUAAAAAUAUAUAACUGUGCAGCCAUUGCAUAAAACAGGUACAUUCAACCUAUCCCUGGAUAGCUUAUAUCUGAGCGCACAUUAUUACCGAAUGGCGCUCAGAUCACAUACAUACAGUUCAAUCGCCAUGGAGCCAAAGUCUUUCACAUAGUCUUUCGGUAUACGAAUAGGCUCCAUGGCAUAGCUAUCUGGGGUAACACUGUUCAGACAUUAAAAUACCGAAUAGACCGGCGUUCGGCUCAACUACUGAAGGUAGGAGAAGGGAGGUCGGCGGGUCAGUGGUGUUCGUGUGUUUAACUGUCCUUUUUGAGUUCCACAGGUUUGGAGCUGAACACCACUGGCCAUUCGGGAGUUUUAGAUGGCCGCUGCCACGUGUUCGGCUAUACAAACAGCUGCCACCCAGCGUUCAUCCAUUAAGCUGCGGUUAACCGCAGCUUAUGGGAGGUAAAUCACUGGCACACUCCUUAGGUGGUCCGUUCAUUCGUGAGUUGGUUUGGUAGAUUCAAUCUACCGAACACCCAGGCAGAAAGGCACGAACAAGCCUUUCUGCAGGGGAAAAUACAAGCUUUUAACAUGGGGCCAUAGUCCAGAGGCAGCAGGCGAGCAUCCAGGCUUUUCCAGAACAUAGUGGCGAGGUUGGUUCCGCCACACUUGGCAUUGUGCCACUUCAUCUCCCCUAUGAAGAUGAAAAAGGGAGAUUGUUCCUUUCAAAUGACAAAUAAUUCUAUGAAACUGUGCCAAUUUUUUUUUUUUUAUUCCCCAAUUUGCUCUCCCUUGUUUUUGCACUGCAGCUACUGUGUAAAUGCGGUGAUUUAUUCCUGGAGCUGCAUUCCCACCAAGUAAUUUGGAAAUGUCCCUUUAUCCUUUGUUUUUGUUUAAUUUGUUCAUUGCCAUGUAGAGUUUGUGAAAAACUAAAGUAAUUUUCAGAAAAAGGGCUUCCAAAAUGACCCUGUUAAGGAGGGACAGUUCCUAUUUUUUGCCCAACUCUCUCUGUCCCGCUUUUCUAUCCUAAGGCCCCUCUUUUCCAGAAGCUGCAUUAUAUUGGACUAAAAAUAGAUGUGUAAAUACACCCCCUAUGUGUCCUCAAAACUAAAACUGAUAACACUUGCUGGAUGGGCUACCCACUACUCCUCCUUUAUAGCUCAAAAGCUAACAUAAAUCCAAAAAAUAGUUUCUUUAUAUCACUCACUGGGAAGCAAUCCCCUCUUCUCUCUACAUCAGGAAGCUGAGUUCCCUUUUCCCAUAUGAGGAUACUCUCAUUCAUUUUCACAUGUAGGUAUACUCUUUUUCUCCUUUUCCCAUAUGGGUAUACUCUUUUUUUCCUUUUCCCAUAUGGGUGUAUUCUUUUUCCUUUUCCCAUAUAGGUAUAAUCUUUUUUCCUUUUCCUAUAUGUGUAUACUCUUUUUUUCCCCUUUUCCCAUAUGGGUAUACUCUUUUUUUCCUUUUUCCAUAUGGGUAUACUCUCAAUCCUUUUCACAUAUAGGUAUACUCCCUUUUUCCUUUUCCCUUUUGGGUAUACUUUUUUUUCCUUUUCCCAUGUUGGGAGGCUCUCUUCCCUUUUCCCAUAUGGGUAUACUCUCUUUCCUUUUCCCAUGUUGGGAUGCUCUCUUCCCUUUUCCCAUAUUAGAAAACCCUUUUUCUUUUUCACAUAUGGGGAUAUCUUCUUCCCUUUUCCUAUAUGGGGAUACACUCUUCCUUGCACAUAUAAGGGAAUGCCUUAUUUCCUUUUCCCAUAUGGGGAUACUCUCUUCCCUUUUCCUACAUGGUGAUACUCUUUUCCCUGCACCCAUAAUGGAAUGCCCCUUUUUUCCAUUAGGGGAUGUUCUUUUCCUUUUCCCAUACCGAGGAGAGUAUUGUUUAGCUAAACAUUUGUAAAGUGUGGAUUAUACUGUUGUUGUGACCAUAUUUUUGUUUGUAUGUUUUCUUAUUUUUAUACUGGCAUUCUAUGAAAGUUGCACUAUAAAGAGCCUAAUUUUAAGCAAUUUAAAUAUAAUAAAUGUAAAAGAGCAGUCUAUAUUUGUGUCAAGUCCUAAUAUGAACAGGUGAGAAAUGAAUUUACAUUUGAAAUGAACAAUGGAUACUAUGAAUCACCAAGUCAGACUAUGCAUCGCUGCUCCCCCUAAUAACUGUGUGUGUAGAGUUUGGACUCCAGUAACCUUUCUAUCUACCAAGUACUGAGAUUAUGUUGUAAACAAGUGCUUGGAACAUUGCUAUAUUGCCUAGAGAAAUGUAUAAAUUAAGUUGAAUGAAAGUGUUGAUUAUGUUCACAUUAUGCUUUCAUGGACCUGCUCACUUCUGAAAUACAAUCUUCUUUAGUAAGAGAGGUUAGGAUUCUCUUUCUCUUUUAUUUCCUGGACAUUUAUACAUAUAUACCUUUUGUCCACAUCUUUAGAAUCUAGAUGGAGUUACGGUAGGGAUAUCCUAUAACAAGAAUCAUUUAGGAUUAAUUGUAGUCAUAGUAAGUGGCAACAAUGUGCAAUGUUCUACAGAAAGGUCAGCCAGUUGUUAUGACAGUCAUGUCCAAAAUUCGGCCCGCGAGCCAAUUGUGGCCCGCGUUCCAGUUUAAUACGGCUUCACAGGUAAUUUGGCUAAUCUAGCGCCCCUCAGGAUCCCUGGAUCUUUGAACGCCGCUGUCCUGAGCAGCGCGCUAGGAUUCACUGGGGGCCAAGAGAUCGCGAAAACGCAGACAGACAUGCAGUCACUGCUCGUCCUCCGUUUGUGUUCUCACGAUCUCUUGGACGUCGCGGGAUCUCUUGGACGUCGACGUCGCGGGAUUUGGUUCCUUCUCCCUGGAGGGACAGAAUGAAGAGGGACAGAAUGAAGAGGGGACAGAAUGAAGAGAUGAAAUGAAAGUAUGCCGUUUGCAAUAAACUUUGCAUAAAAUAGUUAAUUUGCAUUUAAUUUUAGUGGUUCAAAGAAUGUCAGGCAAAACGAUCGGCCCUCAUGCAUGUUCACUUAAUCAAAUCUGGCCCUUUUUGAAAAAAAGUUUUGUCCACCAUGUGUAAGAAGUUUUGUUGUUUUGUCGAGUUAAUAAAUAGUAUUUAUGAAGAUAUGACAUUGUACAGUGCUAUGGAAUUUGCUGACGCUAUAUAAAUAAUAUAAUAAUAAUAUGAGGAGACUUUUUAGAAAUGUUGAAUUAGCUUACGGUAGAGAAGUGUUUUAGAGGGGGAAAUUAUAAAAUUAUAUAAGUUGUAUGAGAAUUGUCUAGGUUUCAUGAACACUGCAAAUAAGUGUGUCAAACUAAAUUGCUAUCGAAGUUUGGCUGAAAAUGAUAUAGUGUUAAAGAUUAUUUCAUAUAUGCAAAAAUGCAUUACACUUGAUUUUUCACUCAUGAAGUUCUCAUGACUCCUGAUGGGAGGUCUCUUAAUUCUCUAAAUUCUACAGACCUCUGUAAAACCUUUGGAUUGUAAAUGUUUCAAUUGCUUGUUUAAAGAAAGUCAAAUAUUUUAGAUUAGAAGUGUUUUUUGUCUUCUUCAGAAUAAAGUUGGUUACAGGGUGUGGCAGCCACACUUAAUUUCUAAAAUUUUGCUUCUUAUUUCACAAGAGUUUCAGGAUAAAAUUCAUAUUGAUGGAGCCACGUCCAUCGUCACGUACCUUUGGAAAAAAGGAUUUAAAGAAUCAAGGCUAUUGCACUGGCUGUUUUUUACAUAGAACCACCUUUGUAAAUCCGUUCCAUGUCUUUGACAAUGGAUAGCACCGAAUGCUCUGCGGUCUGGCCUUAAAUGACGUAAGGUCUCAAUGCAAUGCAUUAUGUCCAUUAACUAAUUUGGCACAGCCGACAAAAGUUUGGGCUAUAAACACACAGAAUAGACUGUCUUCCAAACUUAUUACAUAACACAAAAGUAUAUGCAUUUGAGUAUAGGGGGAGAUUUUUUUACCCAUAUUGGUACUCUCACUGCAAAUCCAGCAAAAAAUGUUAUGCAUGUAUUAAUUCAACCCCCCGUUACAAAUUCACAUUUACCAUACUGACUUGGACACAGAGUGAACCCAUACAGGAAAUCAGUUCUGCUAUUAAAGCCCCAAUUUUAUGGCCACUUUCCAUUUUGCCAAUAUCACAAGACAACCAUUUAUACAAGUAAAAAAAUAAAUAUAUAUAUUAUUAUUUUAGAGCCUAGAAAUAGCCCUUUCAGUGUUAUACCUGACAAUACUAUCAGCCACUUCACUGAUGUAUACAAAUGUUUCUGUUAAAAUGAAAUGUUAUGGGAGUGAAGAUUUUGAGACAGUCAGCUUUAAUGCGUUAGGAUUAAGACUAACUUCAGUGGGAGCCAAAAACCUGCUUUUCUAGUUUUUAUUGGGCGUAAAUAGUACUUUGUUUAAGGGAAAUUUACACUAUUUGAUGCUGUUUUCUUUGAAUUGAAUUUUUAGACCUAUUUUCGAGGCUUGCUUAGAUCCAUGAUCACUUCAUUUAAAAUUAUCUUAAUUGUUCUUUCUGUAAUAUCUAAUGGAAUCCCCUUAACUGUCCGAAUUUACAGAAUAAGCGACCAUUGAGACCACCUACAGGUACUGCGUGGACUUUAGGACAUUUUCAUUUUUAGCUAUGAAUAUGUUUUAUCUAGACAUUUCAUUGAUAUUUCAUUUUUAUUAUAGGUAGAUCAAAAAACAUCAUGUCCACCAGUUUUUUUUCCAUGAACGCUGCGUGACAAUAUAAAAACUAAUUAAAUAAGAAGUGCAAGUUGAGGCAAAACAUUUAGUGCAUUUUUUUUUCUAAUUCUCAAUAAAAAAACUCAAGAAAAAUGUAUAUAGUCCUCUUUUGUAAAGUGCAUCUAAAAUAAUAGUAAUAAUAUAAUACAAUGUUACCAGAAUAUAUAGUCUGCAGCUUUCUAGAGUAAUUUCUGCAAUAUGAGUUUGGCAGAUAACUAGUUUAGUGACUUAUUAACCACUUAUUAACACAACACACCUCCUGCAAAUGAAUGAGGCAGAUUUGAAUGCAUGAGCAGUUGGUGCGUGUGAAUGCUGUAUGAAUAGCUGUGCUGCUAAUAAUGGAAGUGGGUAGGAGGGUGUAGUCUAGGCCAUGCAAUGAAAAUAAAAAUCCAGAAAAGUUUAAACCCUCCCUAUCCUGGUCUUCCCCUCUCCUCCGAAACUUAAAAAAAAAAAAGCCUAACCUAAAGCUAAAACGUACAUCUGUUCCAGAGCCAAGGCCACAGUCUCCCUAGAGCCUGAUCAUUCCCUACUGACAUCAAUCUUCCACACUGCUAAGGGAGGAGUGAAGGUGAGAACGGUCUGAGGGCAGGACACUGAAGUGGUCAUGGUGCAUGGAGUGUUCCUAUACGUUUUGAGGGACUGCUGGCGCUAUAACCAGCACCAUAUCCUGUCCGAGUGUCCCUCAAGCCAGUCAAUUUUGGUCCCUAUCGAUUAGGGAAGAAUUCUUCUUUUCCAUCAAUAUCUCAUGCUUUUCUUUAAAUUGGACCUUCUACCAGUCCUUUUUUUUAUUUUUUUCCCUCUGUUGUUAAUUUACUAUAGUUAUUCGUACAGAAUAAUUGAAUCUAAGAUGAGGUAAAUGAAAAAACUUACCUCUGCUGCACAGUCUGGGAAAUGGCACCUACAAUAUUAUCCUGUUUUCGUUCCCAUUAUCCUCUAUGCACACUUGAGAGCCAUGAGGGGGGUUAUUAUAUUUAUUUAAUUAUUCACCUUUAUUGUUGCAAUCGUAUACAAGCAAAAUGAGUUUUCAGACAUAGAACGUGAGUAUGUGACUGUGUCAGAGGGACACUUUAGGAUGUGUAAAUUACAGGGGUGUAUUUUUUUGUAUGUGGUUUGAUAUUUGAUCACAGAUGUCCCAAUUUUCUUUUCUUUUUCUUUUUAAUCUAAAAAAAGAAUACUUCCUCCCCCGCACCUGUUAAACAGUGAGUGAAAUAGCGACAAUCGAGAAUCACGGUGGCUUUAGCAGUGAUAAAUCAUAUAUUCUUAUUCAUUGAAUAAUGAAAUGCCAUCUUCAAAAACAAACCUGGCAUGACAGAAGAAUGGAUAAACCGUAAAGUGUAAACGUAAUGUAGAAAAUAUUGAAUUUAGUUCAUUUUAACAUUAGCAAUAGGUGCACAACAUAAGAGCUAUUACAGCAGUCCGACUUGGAAUAAAUACUUACAUAAAAUUCGAUUAGACCUGAGCUUUGAAUUUAUUUAAAAUCUGCCGUGGGCUGGUAAAAUAGGAGAGAUUUAUGUGUUAAUGCUUACAUACAGAAGUCUCCACCUUUGUACUCUACAAUCUUAACUGUGAGCCAAGUAGCAGUCAUAUCCCUGUAGUUUAUUACCACGUGUUCACAGUUUGCUCAGAUCUGCUAACAGCAAACAUGCACUUUUGAACAUGUACAUGCCAAGCUUAACUGUGUGUUCUACAUAAAAGCAGGAAGUGACAGUGUGUAUAAUGUAGCCAGCAGUAAUGUGAACCUAGGAAUUAUAUUUCCAAACAAAAUAAACCUUUCCUUUUUGUUUCUCUGUUGUGCUUGUUUUGGCUAAUCUUUAAAAAAAAGAAAGAAAGAAACAAAAAGAGACCAAGAGGGAAUUAAACCACGCAUGCCAAAUCGUUUACUAGUUGUUUUUAUAGAGCCAUAAAAAUUUUCUUUUUUUUUUUUCUUUUUGAACCUCACAGUUCAAGCAGUGGAAACAAAUAAACAGAGCACAUGACACUGGUUUCAUAAUACAGACAUUUCUUCUUAACUGAAUUAUGUAAUGUGCACUCUGAUUUUGAAGGUGAACAUUGUGCUGGCAGUGUGUCAUUCAAUGUGAACAAAGCAGGUGCUGAUAUAAUUAGUAGAGCAGUCAGCCAUGUUUGCAUGUUUCUGAUAUGUUCAUUGAGUAACUAAAACUAAUCUGUAUCUAUUUAUUUUAAUUAAAGGUUCAGACUUCACGAGGAAAGAAUUAUUAAAGAUAGACGAUACCAUCUGAAGACUUAUCCAAAUUGUUUUGUGGCCAGGGAAGUACUUAAUUGGCUCAUCGACCGCAAAGAGGCCUCCGACAGAGAGAUUGCAAUGAAACUUAUGCAAAAACUGAUUGAUACGAGCAUCAUUCAUCAUGGUGAGUCAACAUCUUGGUUGAAGAAGCGUCCGUUUGGAAAAGGGGCGGCUUACAGGUUACAGGCCAAUGGCUACUAAAACUGUAGUAUCGGUGUUCAAUAUCAGACAUGAGAUCAUUUGUAACACCUUCCUUCAGUAAUUUACACUUUGGGUUGAGUUGAUGGGUAUUCAGAUAGUGACCCCAAAAUCUAUUGUUUGGACUCUGUACUGCAGCACAUUAAGGCCUCAAUUUAAUAUUGCUGGACAGGCUUUUUAACAAAUGAUUUAAUAGAUUUUUAAAUGAUUAAAUUAUUUUUCAAAUAUUAACAUAUAAAAUAUAUAUAUAUAAAUAUAUCAAUAUAUCGUAAAUUAUCAACAUGUUAUAAAAUUAAAAUAUUUUCAUAAUAUUACAUAAUUUUGAAAGUUUAUCCAAAAAUAUUAAAUCAGUUUAAAAGCUCACCCAAAAAUAUUAAAUCGAGGCCUAAGUUUGAAGUAAUAUGGUCUUAAAUCGGAGUUGUAAAAUGCUUUUAUUUGGCAAUGGAAAAUGAUAGUGUCAAACUUGACCAUCCGUGUCUCCCCAAAAUUUGAGCAGGAUUGGGUGUCUCCUUAUUGACCUGAUAUUAUUACGCUACAAACCUCCUAAUCCUUAUAGACUGGUAUGUCACAUGUUUCUGCCCACACUAGGUUGCCCUAACUCAACCACGAGAGAAUUUUGAAAUCAACUCUGUGUUUCUUCCUGUUCUAGUGGUUAAUGAAACGGAGGAAUUUAAAGAUGGCAAGGGUUUUUACCGCUUCAGAAAGGAUGAUGGGACGUUUCCUCUGGAUCAGGAAGUAAAGGUUUUCAUGCGAGGACAGCGCAUAUAUGAAAAGUAUGUUAUAUCCUGCAUCCUUUUUAAAAAUAAAUAAAUAAUAAUUUAAGAAUCCCUGUGAAAAUGCUAAAUAAUUAUCUUGUUCUGAAGUUAUGUAAGUACAGGAAAUGCAUAGUUCCUAAUCGUCUAAGACCAUAGUUGGAAUUAAUGUAUCCAAACAAUAGAGAGGCUGAGGGAAAUGUAUUCUCAAAACCUUAUUGUUAAAUUAACAAUAAAUAUAAACUAUUUAAUAAACAAUUAUGUAUCAGCCCUAUCAGUUUUGCAGCUUCUGUACCCGACAUCAUGUGUCACACUGCAUCCAAAAAUAUAAAAAUUUGUAGGAAUGGAUACAAUACAACAAGUUAUGUGUAAAGGGAAUACCAUUAGACUAAAUACAAUUGAUCCCUGGAUGGUAGUACGUUAGUAGCAUUCAUAAUACACUUUAAAAAAAAAAAAAAUAAUGACAAUUCCUUUACACUAUAUGUCAAGGAGGGCUGGUAGUGUUUUAUUACUCUGGUGAACUUUGUCAAACUUUUGCACUCCUUAGUGACAAAAUAAGGUUUCUUGAUUAGUAUGUAACUACAAGGCAGCUAUUAGCUAGGCCCUGCUAGUUAUAAGAUAAGUGAACUUGGUUAAAACCCACAUCUGAGGAUGUCUCGCUUUCAUGCACUUUUCACCUAAUUUAUAAUCUUAGUCAAACACCUAUGGCACCAGAAAGACCAUGCUAGGGGUAACUUGGCAUUAAAGGAAUACUCCAAGCACCAUAACUACUUUAGCCCACUGUAGUUAUUAUAUUAUCAGGAGUGCCCGGCACUAUUCCAUGGGAAGUAGUCAUACCACCUUAGUACAGUAUGUCAUUUACCUGGGUUCCUUGGGCACCUGUGCUGCAUCUAAUCAUCUCCUGAUGGAAAAGCCAGACGUCUAUAUAAAAAAAGCACAGCUGAUCCUGGACCAUACACACUGGCUGAGAGCACUCACACAGUCAGUGCAGUCCUGCAUGGCUUUGCUUAUGUCUGGAUAACAGGUGGAAAUCAGCCAGGUUGCCAAAACUAAAACAGAUGACUGAAGUGGUUAUGGUACUUGGAGUGUUCCUUUAAUAUGCGUCUUACUGGACAUUUAUCUUCAUGAACUUGCUGUUUUUUGUUGGGUGUUUCUUGCCUUACAGUAAUAAUAACAAAAAAAAAAGAAAAAAUGUUCUACAGCUCCAAACCUUAUUGUGUUAUUUUUAAUAACUAAACCCAGAUUGCCAGACAUUGUUCAGAGCUUUUACAGAACAAUUAAUGACUGUAGGGCUUAACUGAAAAUAUCUCCGGGAUGUAUUUUUUUUUUCUGUACAAGUAAAUAAAGGAGAAGGAUCCGAUCUCCCCCUAAUCUAAAUAAGUUUGUCACAUUCUAUUGGUGGAAGAAAGAUGUUGAGAAGCGGCUAGUCACAAUAUGCUUUGGUUCUGGGAGAUAUGUCUUAUUUCUUCAAGCCAGGAUCACAUAAUGCUUCUUUUUUGUGUGUUACAACUACUUGGUUAGCUAUUUUGAGGAGUUUAAUGCCUUAAUAAACUGAUUUAUAAUCUAAGAAUAAGACUUUCUUAGCUAACGGGUUAAUGUUUGGCAGUUUAUAUGAUGCAUCGGAAGAGGAGACCCCAUAGGAAAUAUGGUUUUGUUUUUAAAAAGACAAAAAUAAUGAAGUACGUGGUCAUGUGUUGGUAUAGGACUAGACGUACGAAUGAUAAAAGCACAGAAAGCACUUUUUACGAGCUGUUCUUGGUUCUGGAAAGGAGUCCUCCAUUUAUUUUUUCGGACAUUGAAAGUAAAUUAUUACCAGGGUUUUUAAAUUCAGAACAUGACAGGUCAAGCUGUUAAGAAACAAAAAUCAAUCAGUUUGCCCAGGCUUAUAGCGAAUAAUCAAGUCCCAUGGGAACCUUUCCACAUGCAGUAACAACGGUGCAUUACUCUGGCUAGCAACGUGUGACGCAUGGAUGGACAAAGAAUGAGCCUAAUUUUAUCCAAUUUUCUUUGACGUCAGCCUUAUAUGACAUAGGAAAGUGAAGCUACAGAAAACCACACAGUUUAAUUGCAAAGAAAACAUGUACUCUUCGAGUAUAUUGACUUUAUUUUCUCUCAUUCUCAACAAAUAAAACAAACUGUUCCACAAUGCUUUCUUUGUUUGAAGUCAUCUGGUUUGCUCCUAAAUGAAUUUGUUUUGUUUUCUUCUGGUCUGUUUCACUUUGCCUUGUCCUAUCUGCUUUUUUUACAUUUCUUUUUAGCUCUGUUCCGUGUGAUGUUUCUUUGUGUGUGUUUUUUUUGUUUUGUCAUUGUUGUUUUUUUUUCUUCCUGAAAAAAGCUUCUUUGAGUCUUAUUUGCUGACCUAUUUACUGCCUUCAUAUUAACCACUAGAUCUCUCUUACCCUGAUCUGUAUACGAGGCCUGCCCCUCAUCAUUUGAUUAUUAUUAUUUUAUUAAUUAUAUAGCGCCAUCAGAUUCUGUAGCGCUGUACAAUUUGAUGUUCUCCUCUGUGAUUUCUACCAAAGUGUUCCUCUAUAAUGACAAAUUAACGCUGACAAAUGAUACAAUCCUAGACUUGUAGAAUAUCAGGAAGUAUUACUUUACUGAGAGGGUAGUGGAUGCAUGGAAUAGCCUUCCAGCUGAAGUGGUAGAGGUUAACACAGUAAAGGAGUUUAAGCAUGCGUGGGAUAGGCAUAAGGCUAUCCUAACUAUAAGAUAAGGCCAGGGACUAAUGAAAGUAUUUAGAAAAUUGGGCAGACUAGAUGGGCCGAAUGUUUCUUAUCUGCCGUUACAUUCUAUGUUUCUAUGUACAUCUGGACUUUGGGCACUGGGGUUUUUUUCUCCAGUUUUUAACAAACUGAUCAAAAAUAGUUUGACAAAAAAAAAAAAAAGACAGCAACUGACUUCUAGCACCAUAUCCUGUUACCAUCAGCAACGAAAAGGACUCAAUUACCAGUACAUUGUAGAGAAAAAGGAAACUAAAACAGGAGCUAUUUUUUUUAUUUUUUUUUAAUUAUUAUUCAUUUAAAGAAGUGAGCACUGAAUGGUCAACUGGGCAGUCAGAACAAAUCAAUGUGUAAAUAUUAUACCCACACAAUCUCUAUUUUUUUAAGUGGAACAACAGAGAAAAUGGAAAAAGAUACUUCAUAUAUUGUGUUCUUUGAAAAAGUUAGUGAUACGCAGUUUGUGAAACCUACACCUCUACCUUAGUUCUUUACUGUCAAUAAAGUGAGUUUGAUACUUAUAAUACAGGGAUAAUCCCUACAGUUGGUCUCACAGGUCUUGUGCAAAUCCUCUUGGUUGACCGCCAUGGAGCUUGGCCAAGAAGGGGAGAUGAUGAACAUUGAUCUAUCACAGCUGUUUCUAAAGGCCAGAGAAAAUAUAUACACUGGAAACCUAUCAACUCGCUGCUGUGAAGAUUACUUCCUUAAAGGGGAAUUUUUUCAUUAUACAAUCCUGCAUUUUCAAUAUUUGCAGAAUUGUUUUGCUUGAAGGUUUAUUUGGCUUCUUAUAGUUUAUGCCGGUUAGGAUUUAAAUUGAGAGAUUCUACUUCUGAAAAGUAGAGCAGAUCAAUAAACUAAUUGUUUUCCCUUUGUUUGAGAUUUCUUUUACUCUUUGGCAGUUAUUGGGUAUUUAUAAAUACAGGUCUGUGCACAUUUCCUACAGUUCCAACUCCUCCAACCUGGCCUCUAUGCAGUGCCUCAUACAAUGCAGCAGUUACAAUUUUGCAUUAUUUAUACAAAACCAUGCAACCUUGGAAGUACUGAUAAUGAAAACUGAUAAUUCUAAUAUCGAGUACCUGUGUAGCAUGCACAAAUCAUGCAAAUCUGCCCUCCACCUCCCUACCCCAGUGGUAUAAAGGGUUAAAUAACCCUUUAAACAGUUAGCUGCUUCCUCAGUGACCCACGGCUCACCCUCUCUCCCACUCCCCCCAAAUUCAUAUGCAGGACCUAAUGCCCGUUGACUGCUGCCCGUGCAUAAAGCUGGAUUAAGCUGUGCAUUGAUUCAAUGCUUUCCUAUGGGGAUUCUGAGAAGGCUGGAUGUCCUCGUGCACAGGGUGAGGACGUCCAGCGUCGUUUUAUGGAGUCAAACUCUGUGAAACUGCAGGAAAAACUAGAGGUAGUCUUAAGCCUGCAAUGCAAAUAUGUGUAAAAAGUGAUCUAGGUGCCUAUAGUGUCCCUAUAUAUUUUUUUAAUGCUAUGAUUUUUUUAAAUCUGCUUUUAGGGUAAUGAACACUGAAAACGCACUGCUGCAAGCGAGAGAAGAGGAUGGUACUAAGUACGAGCGCACUUUUGUUGCUUCUCAGUUUGUUGACUGGUUGAUGCUGGAGCAAGAGGCCAAGUCAAGAACUGAAGCAGUGCAGCUGUGUCGCCGGCUGUUGGAGCACGCAGUAAUCCAGCAUGGUGAGUCUAAUCCAUUCCUUCCUUGAGAUGUGGAAUCUGUUCUAGACUCUCUUUGUGAGAUAAACACUAAUACCAUUCCUAACACUGUAUAGUAAAUUGGCAGUCAUAUCUAGGAACUUGGAUGGGAGUCUUUUUCAUGGUCCUUUCACUUCACACGGGCAUGGAAAGAGAGAACGUUUGAAAUUAGGGAUAUGUUUUCAAAGAGUGGGCAGAGCUAAAUAUCACUUUCUCUUGCCGGGGAAUAAUGCACUUUCCCAGAAACUGAGCAAUGAUUUUUUUUCCUGGACUAAUCUAGAAAAACAGAGCAGAAAUACUUUCUAUAGACAGGACCACCAUUGAGGGUAUUUAAGAUUAGGACUGGCAGCCAUGGGACUCUGAACACAUCCUAUUCACAUGUUUCAUGUUCCCUCUGUUACCUCCCACAGCAGGAAGCAUGCAUACUGGCAUUAGAGCUGGGGUUGCACAUGUCAGCUGAUGUGAUUGCACAUGAUGUGGGACAAGAAUAGUGGAGAAACUAACACGAACAAGAGAAUGCUUGUUAUGCCACAGACUAUGCUAGCUUCAGGAGUACACAUGGAUUCACAUAUUGUGGAGAUAAUUAGCUGCCGGAAAAAGACUGAAUGGUCAACUGGGCAGUCAGGAGUUUAGUUUGCACCGAGCCGUGCAACUUCAAUUGCUGGGUCAUUUUUAUUAAAGUAUUUUUUUGACACUGCCCAUCUUGUUCCCUUCACUAUAUCUUUUAUAUUACAUGAUUUGUUAGAGUUAAAGGGUUACUCCAACCACCAUAACCACUUCUGCAUAUUGUGGUAGGAGUCUGGAUUUGUCUCCAGUGUUAGAAUUCGUGUAGGACCCACUGGUAUUGGGGUACUGUGGCAUAGUGCUGGGCUUAACACUAUAUGAUAAUAUGGUGUAACACCAGGAAUACAAAGCAGUAUUCCUAGCUGGAUCGGAUACUCCUAAUUACGCAUUCCCUAUAAGAAAGCAUUGCAUCAAUUCUUUCCUAAAUGGGUUUUCAACAUGAUGUGUCUUUUCCCGGAGUCAAACUCUGCAACUGCAGCUCUAAUGGAUGCCUGGUAGAGUGUGUAUAUGUCCCCUCUCUCAGUCCCUGCUUUAAUUUAAGUCCUUUAUGUCAAUGGCAGGGCCGUCUUUACCGCGGGGCAAACGGGGCAGCUGCCCCAGGCCCAGUUACUCUUGGGGGCCCGAAGCAGCUGCACCGUGGGCCCCGCUGACCUCAAGCAUUUUUCCCAACUGCCGGUGCAGCCACGCACCCGGUGGGCUUCUGUCAGCAGGGGCCCGGUCUUGCGCUCUGGCGCUUUAAGAGCGCGACCAGGCCCUCUUGCUUUUCGGCAGCCGGCUAGGAGGAAGUGACGGCUGCACGUCACUUCCUCCCAUAGAGAGAGGAGCGCGCGGGAGGAGGAAGAGGCAGAGCGGUGGGGGUCUGGGCCGAGCUAGCCAGACCCCAACUCCCAGCAGCUUCAGCCACUGGUAGGAAAGUCACCCUCCAACGUAGAAAGGGUGGGUUUAAUAGUGUAAAUUUUGCAUGUGUAUCUGUGAAUGUGUCAGUAUGUCUGUCAGUGUGUGUGUGUGUUAGUAUAUCUGUCAGUGUAUGUGUCAGUAUAUCUGUCAGUGCAUGUGUCAGUAUGUCUGUCAGUGCGUGUGUGUGUCAGUAUGCCUGUGUGUGUGUCUGUGAAUGUGUGUCAAUAUGUCUGUCAGUAUAUGUGUGUGUGUGUCAGCAUGUCUGUUAGUGUAUGUGUCUCUGUGUGUCCAUAUGUAUGUCAGUGUGUGCAUGUCUGUAUGUCGGUGUGUGCAUGUCUGUAUCAGUUUGACUCUUUGUGUCUGUAUGUCGGUGUGUGUGUUGGUGAAUGUGUCAGCAUGUCUGUCAGUGUGUCAGUAUGUCUGUGUGUGUCUCAGUAUAUAUCUGUCUGUCUAUGUGUCAGUAUGUCUGUCAGUUUAUGUGUCUGUGUAAGUAUGUCUAUCAGUGUAUGUUUGUGUGUCAGUUUGUCUGUAUAUCUGUGUGUGUAUCUAUAUGUUGUCAUUUUUUGUAUCUGUGUGUUUGUCAGUGUGUAUAUAUGUGUGUGUAUCUGCAAGUGUGUCAGGUGUGUAUAUGUGUGUCUGUGUAACUGCAUGUGUGUCAGUGUUUGUAUCUUUGUGUAUGUCAGGAUGUGUAUCGGUGUGUCUGUAUGUGUGUCAGUGUGUAUCUGUAUGUUGUCUUUGUGUGUUUCAGUGUAUCUGUAUGUUAUGUUAUUAGUAUGUGUGUCAGGGUGUGUAUUUGUGUGUCAGGUUGUGUGCAUAUCUACCUGUGUGUUUGUGUGUGUAUAUGUGCAUACAUCUCAACAUUCACACGCUAACACUACACACAAAUACACCCCUGCAUUCAAGCUUCAGCACAACAUACAAAUACACGUCUGUGUUAAACACCAACAUUAUAUGUAUACACACCCCUGCAUUCAAAAACCAACACUACACAUAAAUACAUGCUUACAUUCAAACGCCAAUGCCACAUACAAACAUAUUCCAUACAAAAACCUGUUUACAUUGAAACACACAAAAACAGCUUAGUGCUAAAUACAAACCUGCAAAUAUGGAUAAAUGGUAGAGCCCCAGCUGUCAAGGCAUUGCUGGAGUUGCACAACAGAUGGGGAUCUACCUUUUAAACAUCCUUGCAAUAGGGAGGCCCAAAAAAAAUAUUCUUGCACCUCUCUACUUUAGGUAGCCACUGCGUUAAGGGUGAUAACGUGUUUGCACGCCUGGGGAGGGUGUACAUGGUCCAGGGGGCCCAAGCAAAUGUUUUGCCCAGGGUCCAAUCAAUAUUAAAGACGGCCCUGGUCAACGGUCCAAUCAAAUGCUUCCUUCUGAUUAGAUUAUGGAGAGGGAAGGGGUGAUAGAGUCAGGCGACAGAUGGGGCAUGAAAGACCCUUGUCCAGCACUGAAUUCCAGGUAAAUUUUAAUCUAAAUUUUUAUUUAUUUAUUUAUUUUAUAAUGUGAGACUAAAGUAAUAUAUCCAAUUACAUAAUUUGAGAGAAUGCCAUUUUAAUAUGCCAUAUAUAGAGAUUACAUACAGCACAUGGUGGGGGUACUUCUCUGAGUGCAGCAUUGUAAUGCAGUCUGUACAGGUUUAAUGUUUGCAGUUUGGGGUACCUGUAUAGUAGAACACUGCUUUGUGUUAAAUUGUACACAGCAACUCAAACUUUAAAGGUCCGUCAUCCCUUUAACUGUCCAGAGUACUCCCCUUCAGAGCCUGCUCAUUUAGCACUUAAAAGAAAAUGAUGGAAUGUUGAGGAAAAUGUUGAGGAAAUGUUUCUGACAUUAAUGUUAAAUAUUUUAGAGGAUGAUUUAAAUAAGUAAUGUUAAAAAUAUUACAGGCUAGUUUGAAUAUGUUCUUGAACAGCAACCGUAUUAAUAGUUAAUAUUUAGUAAAACCUAGAACACAAAUAAUUAGCUUUUUGAUCUACUGGGGCAAUUAUCCUAUAUCUGCUAUUUUCAGACCGUGCCACGCUGUCAGACAUCUAAUAUAUAUUUAAGAGUGAGUUAACAUUCAUUCUAAACCAACAUUUCGUGACAGAAGAAACAUUGUAGUUGAGUUGCAUAUUGAAGUGUGUAAUCUCACAACGUACAAUGAUGAGUGACAAAUGCUUUUUGUACGGUUUCACGUUUCUGAUUUGUUUGUGUAUGUUUUAUUCAAGCUAGCAGAUCAUAUUAUAUAGUAUAGCUGUAAUUUACAAUAUUAUACAAGUGUUUAGUUAAAAAACAAUCAGGCUUUCUACGACACUGCUUGGAAAGGACUGUAACACCUUCCCAUUCCUCUGCGGUGUUAUAAUGAGUAGAGUAACAUCAUGCUUUAAUAGCGAGUGUGGGGGGGAUAACUCACUUACAGGGCUAGUAAGGGAAGUGAGAAUUAUGGGGGGAAUUCAAAACUGAAUUUUUAAAAAUAAGGCCAAAGUACCUGAACUAGAAUUAUAGAUGACUUGAAGAAUUUGUCCAGUUUUGCUAAUUUGACCAUGAAUUUGCAAUUCACCGUGUUUGUGUGCUUGUGUGCGCACGCAUGUGCGUGCGUGCGUGUGUGUUAUUAGCAAUACUCAGACAACAAACAAGUUUUCGUUCUAUCUUAGUUUUAUUAUAAUUUAUAUGAGGUCCAUUCCAGCUGCCUUACCAAGGGAAGGGCCCCGUCCCUUCAGUCCAGCAUUAUGGAGUGCAUCCAAUAGCAGCCGUUCUUUUGUGAGUUCGAAGCACAGCUCACCCGCACUGUAAUGUCACAACAUAUGCAAGCUGUUCUGUUUAGAAAACAAACACAGCUACCUGCAGCUGAGCUCCUUGAAAUGGGGCUAAAACUGAAAGCCACCAGCUUUGCAUGUCUAAACCCGAUGCCUAUUUACUUUGAGCAAGGAGAAAAUAAACUCAUACAUGUGUACCCAACGUAAAUACCAGGCUGGUGUCUUGCUUGGAGCACUUACUUUGGUGUGUUCCCCUUCAAUUUGCACAUGAACGUUCAUGUUCUGACAUGUUUUGGUUUGAUGGGAUAUACGUUCCCUGGCUGUACCCACGGUGUGUGGCUACCAUUGUUAAUUUUACCCCUCUUUCUUAACUGAGCAUAAUAUGGAGGAUAAUUGGAAUACCAGCAGAUGUAAUAUUUACUGUUGUGCAUUACCUAAGAGUUUAUUCACUAAACAUUGAAAGGCAAUUGGCAAAAUCUAGACUAAAAUAACCAAACUGUUUAUAGAAAAUAAAAAUACACAUAUUUAGUUAUAAUGACCUGUGACCAGCGCUGCGGCAUAUACUGGGCCCCUGUUCUGCUUAAAUGUUUCCCGGUUGGGGUGGAUCCAGAAACUAAUCUCGGGAGGGGCACUGGUAGAUUAUUUAAAGAAACAAUCCAGACACAAUACCCACUAUUAUUAUUAUUAUUAUCGCCAUUUAUAUAGCUCCAACAGAUUCCGUAGCGCUUUACCAUGCUGUAGUGGUUAUGGUGCCAGGAGUGCCGUGGUGUCCUCCCAGGGUAAGUAUUAAGAACAGUUUGACAACUUGCCUGGGGUCUGCCUUCAUAGGGGCUGUAGUAGGGGAUAGGGGCAGUAGUGUGUUUGUGUGUGAGGGGUACAAUGUGUGGGGUGAAGUGUAUGUGUGUGUUGGUGGGGAGUGUGUGUGUGGGGCAGUGUCUACAUUAGGACUACAGUGUGUGUGGGGAGGGGCUUUGUGUGCUUGAGAGGUACAGUGUUUGUAUGGAGGGGCAGGGUGUGUGAAAGGGGGGAGUUGUUGUAUGUAUGUAUGUGGGGAUAUGAGUUUAGAUUAAUAAAUCUAUAUACUUUUUUUUAAUAAAAUAAAAUAAUCUUCAUAUCCCCCCCCACCCUUCUAACCUUUGACUGGGAGGAGGACAGUACUAAUCCCUGGUGGUCUGGUGGAGAAUCCCUGGUGGUCAAAGUGGUGAGAGUGAACUCUAGCAGCUCCUGAGGCUAGCGAUCACUCUUACGAGAGUUGGAACGUUACCAUGGUAACCACUGCAACUCUCCAAGCUCGCAAGAGGAGAACCCAGCGGAGCUGCAGGUUUGAGCUCCCCUGGGUCCUCUCUCCCUGGCUGGUGAGGGAGAUCUCUGAUCACCCCUCCGGUCCUGCAGGGUGGGCAUGGGAGAGUGAGGCACGGCAUGGUUAUUUUAUCGGGAACGGGGAGUGGGGGAUCUGGAAACAUUUUGCGGCGCCCACACAGUUUGGAAACCACCGGCUUAACCCAAAAUAGUUAUACUAGAGUGUUGAAAAUAGAAAAAGAGUUCCUCACUUGGAAAUAAUUUCCUACUAGUGUGAUGAAAUAGUAAUUGGACUAAUUCUACUAUAGCUGCCUUGACAACAAUUAAAAAGGAAACAAAAUAUUUACAGUUCAAGAACAAUUGAGUAUCUUAGUGUGUUACAAUUGUGUCUCUAUCAACUGUAUGUGAUACUUUCUGACAGUCUAUAGAAGGGUGGGGAACCUUUUGCCCUCCAGAUGUUUUGGACUACCUCUCCCAUAAUACUUUUAAAGCCAUGAGGAUGGCAAAGCAUCAAGGGAGAUGUAGCCUACAACAUCUGGAGGGCCGAAGGUUCCCCACCCCUGGUCUAUAGAGUUCCCUUUCCUAGGCUUUAUUAUUGAUUGCCUUUAUAGGGAAAUGCCUAUAACAAACUAUCCAUAACAGUAAUUACCUAUGAGCUGCCAACGGAUAACACAUGUUAAACUAUAAGUUUCUUAUUUAAUUAUUUACUAUCCUUGCUGCAAAUAAUGCAUGCUUAAAUGUUAUCAAUCAGAGAAGAAAAGAAAUCUCCAUAUUGCAACGAAACCAGACAAAAGUAAUAGAAGCCAGAUGGAAUUGAUGUAGCUAAGUGGCGCUCCUCUACUCAGUCUGAUACACAUAUAUCAUUAUUUGGCAAUAUGUGGUAAACCUACAUCUCCUAUAAGGUGAUAGCAGACUUAACAGAAUAUGGUUCAAUAACGAGAGGGAAGGUGACAACCAUCAUUUAAGGAAUACACCAUAUUAGAACUAGUCUGUUUAUUACGACUAGCUAUUAUUGCUCUCCCAUGAGAUUGUCUAUCUCCGUAAAGUCCGUAUUCUGGAACUGUCCAAAUACCUUGGUUGAUUUAUUCCAUUCCGAUGUUAAUGUUUGAAUUAAAACACAAUCUCUUCAUUAAAAGAUUUAGUAUAAUUUUAAAUAUCCAUAAUAAAAUGUGAUUCCCCCAUCAGCAGGCAGAUAACUUCUGAAUCUACCUUUACUGAAAUAGCUUUCAGUUUUGUGAAUUUAUUAUUUUCACUAAUGGAUGAUGACGCAUGCUGACAUUGGUAAAUGCGUAUCGAUUGACCAAUUUCCGAUGUUCUGGGUCCUUUUGACCAGUGGAAGGAUAGCUCAUAGAUCAUGGAUUUCGUCUCUCUGUGAGUCCAUCCACCGAGUAGCUGUCUGCUAAUAAUCACUAUAGUGUUCUCUGAAUAAAGUGGUUUUUCAGCUUCCAGAUCACCACAUAACAAAAUCAAUCAAGUCUUUGUGAUGUGUCUAAAUUGCUUUCCUGGAAUAGUGUACUAACUUUUAAUUCUCUGUGUAAACAUUGGCAGAGAAACAUGUAACAAGUGAAAGGCAGUGCGUACAAAGGUUAAUCAUGAAAAGAGCUAAUCUUUCUCCCAAAGAAAACAAGUAUAAACCAGUAUAAAUACUUACAAAUAAUGCAAAAAAAAAUAAAAAAUUUUACAGUUACAUUUUAAAAAUCUAAACUCUAUAUAUUUACAGAUCAUUUAAAAAAACAAACAAAAAAAAAAACAGAAUUAGCUGCUAUAACCUGGAGUCUACAUUAAAAUGUAAUUUGUCAUUGUGAUACGGUUUGUAACAUAUCACUGGAUCGAUUUUGUGGAAAAAAUGUUUUUGCUUGUAUUAGUGAAUGCAGGACUCAUCACCAAACACGCUACGAAGUUAAAGGAACACCCUAUGCACCACUUAUAGUUCACAUGGCUAUACACUAAACAUUGAAUGAUAACAUAUUCAAUCUGAAUGGUAAAAUUGAAGUAAAGUAGCAGAGAGUUGGGUUGAUGAUUUUCUUCUAAACUGGCUUUUUAGCUUACAUUUUACAUUUCAAUUUUGGAUUCAUAGUUACAUGGACUGAAAAGAGACAUGCGUCCAUCAAGUUCAAACUUUCUCACAUUUGUUUUUGCUAUUGAUCCAAAAGAAGGCAACCCCCCCAACAGUUUAAAGCGCUUCCAAUUUUGCAACAAACUAGGAUAAAUUUCCUUCUACACCCCAGAAAGACAAGUCAGAUCCAUGAAGAAGCUGUGACUCUAUCUAUUAAAAAUGAUAUCCGUUAAUAUUUUUUGCAAGUAUUCAUCCAGUUGUUUUAAACAUCUCUACAGAUUCUGAUAAAACCACCUCUUCAGGCAGAGAAUUCCACAUCCUUAUUGUUCUUACUAUAAAAAAAAACCCGUUCCUUUGCCUUAGAUGAAAUCUCCUUUCUUACAGUCUAUAUAUAGUCCUAUGUAUAGUCUUGUUUAUGAAUAGAUUUCCAGACAAUGGUUUCUGUUGCAUGAAAACAAGUGAAUACAUGCCCCAACGAGGAGGCCAGACUUCGAAAGAUUGCCACCAGUAUAUUAUCAUUCCUGUUGGUAAACAGAACAAUUACUUUAUUAGAGCCUUUUUUAAUUAGUAAAAAAAACAUUUUUGUCUUGCAGUUUGUUUAUUGGUGGUUUCUAGUGGCUCGGAUAUAUUUGUAUAAUCCUGUCAUAUCCCCUCUGAGGUGCCAUUUUUUAAAGAAAAUUUGAUUUAGUGAGUUACCCUGCCAGAAUAGGGUCUGCAUUUAGGCACCCCCAGUUUUUGCUUGACAUACACCUGGGUCCUUUUGGCACUUGAAGUCAUGCAUCUCUACCCUUUCUCUUCUCCAUUAACUGAGCAUAAGCAGAGGGGCUGGGAUGUAGGUGCUGGGGGAGGGGAAGGGAGACAUGUUUCUUUUUUUUUUUUUCAGAAUGGUUUGACAAAAACAAGGGUGUGACAGCACCCUGAGUCACUAUAACCACUACAGAGAACUAUAGUUGUUAUGUUAGUGUCCCUUUAAUGUGCAACAUGCAUUGUACACAUUACAGUGUGUUUGGCCUCACUUGCACUGACUUCUAUUUCUAAAUGCUGUGUGGUGAAUGUGCUAUGGAUGUCCUAGAUAGAGAACAGGAAACUGGUCAAUACGUCCAAGAAAAGUAUUGUGUUAGUGGUUAAACGUUUUUUUUUCUAUAACAUUCAAUGUUAAAACACAUGAGUGACCAUAGAUAUCCCAACUGUAAAAAGUGUAACAAGUUCAAAAAGACUGUCCCUGGAACAAAGGAGAAAAUGAGAAAAAAGCUUGCGUGGACAUUGUCAGGUACUCAUUUGGUCAUUUCCCUGACUACAAAGCAUUUAAAAAAAUGCAAGGUCACAGGUUCAAAUCCUGGCAGAGUCAACUCAGCCCUUAAUCCUUCCGAGGUCGAUAAAAUGAGUACCAUCAAUUGGGUAAUAAUAACAUCUAUUACUAUUCAGCUGCCAAUUUGGUUAAUUCCGACAACGUGCGCUGAAAAAUGCUUUGAGUUCCACUGGGAGAAAGGCGCUAUAUAAAUACUAGUUAUUAUUACUGUGAUCAUCAGUCAUUUAAAGCUUUCAAAUAGAGGUUUCACAACUUACUUGGUUGAGGAGGCGACAGUGACUUGAUUUUACAGUCUUCAUGACACCUUGAAAAGGGAUCAAAUUAUGCUCAGGAUAGCCUAAGAUGGAAUUAUUCCGUGACUAGGGAGGAUUCUACUAUGUUUUCUAUAAAUUAUUAUUUAUAUAGCGCCAACAGAUUCUGUAGUGCUGUACAAUAGGUGGACUAACAGACAUGUAAUUGUAACCAGAUAACUGGACGUACAGGAACAGAGAGGUGGAGGGCCCUGCUCAAUGAGCUUACAUUCUAGAGGAUGUUAAUUAUAUUCUGAAUGUAAAAAAGAGAAAAGAGUAUACUGCGCCCAAAGUUAUACGUACAUACAGCUAUAAUACGUAGCGGCUGGUUGAAAACCUCAGAGAGAAAACAGACAAUGAUAGUGCAAUACAAUUUGUUCAAGGUAGGAAGAUAUUCAAUUAAUCUCUGUAGGAGAGCCACUCACAUUUGGAAGAGCUAUACAAGAGCUCUACUUUGUAGCGCCUGGACGGUAUAAUCCCCGUCUAAGGAUAUAGGCUGGUAUGGAUAGUGUUGGUCUUCCAAAUGCAAAUAUGGAUAUAAGUGGUAUAUGCAAAAAUAAAGAGCAGAGAGAAACUUUGAUAGUGUAGUAUGUACUGUAAGUUUAGAUGCAAGAAAGUAAUUUACUUACAAUCUUUAGAGCAAAUCCCUGCUCUAGUUGUUUCAGCAUGGGUGUUCUGAAUGUGCAAGGUUACACAUUAAACCUGGUUAUGAAGCAGCCAUUAUGAGGCACUCUUAAAUCUUAAAUAAGCCCUAUGCCAAGAAGACCUCCUCUCUGCCAGCUGUAUAGCCAGCCCGCAUUGUUGGAAAGUAACCCAUACAUUACUUUGACCUCUUCCCCCAAAUCAAAUUGCAGUUUCCCUUAAGAAACAGAAAAAGAACAUGAAUUUAACCCUAUAAUUUACUGUUCCUUUCAAGUAUGAUGAACAUUAAUAUAUAUAUAUGUAAUGCACACUUCAUUGGCAUUCAGCGUGGUCUUUAUAUCAAUUUCAUUUCCCCCUGACUGAAUUAGAUACCCCUGGUUAAGAACAACUUCUAUUAUCGUGUACUUAAAAUGUUAGUAUUUCGUUUUUUGAUACAUUUUAGGUACAGAAGAAAUAUAAAUAAUGAGUGAUUCAAGCAAUAUUUGUCUUGUUGGUAGGACACACCUGCUGUUUUAGGUUUUCUUUGGAUUUAAGGUAUGUAUUUAGUACAUUUUGCUUGAAAAACCGGUUACUCACUCAUCUUGCUGUGUAAAAUAUUGAGAAAGAAAAACCAAACAAACUGCAUUCAGGCACACGUAACAUUCCUACUCCUCGUUCUCCUCGUUCUCCCCCAUCCCCCCGAAAAACAAUGUUUGUGAAUGUGAAAUAGUCACAGGCCAUCUAUAUAUGUUUAAUUAUUCAGAGUUCUUAACUAAAUCAGAAGUUACCUGGGAUUCACCUGACACCUCUGUUCCCAGUUUAGAGAAUAACCCUUCUCUUAUUGAUUGUUAGUAUUCCAUUUAUUGUAUUGCGUUAAUAAGAAACUCCAACUUUUAGAAGCAUGCCCAAUUUUCUGUUCGGUCUGUCUCUGUGAUAAGAGAGCCGGGGGAUUUUGUUGCACAUCUCACAUGAUGGUUUGUGGUUGAACAGAAACUAUUGUUUCAUAGUUUCCUUUCUAAAAAUAUCUGUGUAAAACUCUUGUUUACUUCUUUAUCUUACUGUUGUUAUUAUGAAAAAAAAUACAAUUUCAUAAAACACAUAUUAGGCAGACUAGAUGGGCCGAAUGGUUCUUAUCUGCCGUCACAUUCUAUGUUUUUAUAUACACGUUUAUAAUCCAGUUUACUCGAAAUAUCUUGCUAAAUCCCACGCAAGCAAAUUAUCCACAUGUUAAAUAAAAGAAUGGUAAAAAUCUUGGAUUUAAAAUAUCACAGCAGCAAAAUUCUGAGUAGAGUGGGUACCUGGUUUGUGUCAAAGCAUUUUUAAGUGGUUCCCCCAGCCCCUAAAUACAAGUCUGGACAGUAGUGAUCACCGUUGUCCUAUUUAGGGCAGGCUUAUAUAGGUGUUGGCUUAUACAUUAGCUGAGCUGCAGCUAAAGUGACAGAUUAGCCACUGUUUUUGUAAAUCUGCACACAAAAAACUGUUUAACCUAAAUGUUUUGAACACCAACCAAAGUCUCUGUUAAAAAUGAUUGUUGUUCCAUCAAUAUUGACUUUGGAACAGAGAUGUUCGCUAUUUUGUCCAGUCGUGUGGUGUGCUGUGUAUUACUUCUAGAAAGACAGGUAGAGUAGUUUGACAGAAUUUACUCUUGAGCUUUACGUAUUUACUCUGACCCCAGGGAUACAGCUGCUUCCUCUAGGUCUCUUUGGCCAAUUCUAUCUACCAGCUUAGAAUCCAGCCUUUUUAAAACCUUCUCCAAGUGUUAGCAGCUCAUCCCCCCCAUCACAUAAUAAAUUACACUUCUCAAAGCUUGGCAACUCUGGUUUACCACCCCACACGUUCAACCUCUGAAAGUGUUAGAGUCAAAUGCUCUGUCUAUUUUUUGUAUGUGAUACGUGAAAGAGAGCAUGUUUUAUUUUGUGUUGAUUUAUGUUAUGUCAUUUAAAACAGAAAAUGUUGUGUAAGAUAUUAAAGUCACUAUCUCAUGUCUUUUUGACUUAAUAUAUCAUCUUUGUGACUUCUAUACUUUCCCAUCGACUCACAAUAAUAAAAGAGUUUAAACUAAAACCUUCUCCAGGUACAAAAUGGAAGAAGAAACAUUAUACUGUAGUUCAAACUGGACGGUCCAAACCCCUUGAGACCUAUUGUGUGGACCUUAGAAGCAGUGGAAAACAAAAAACAUCUGGACAACAUGUACAGUUUUGUCUGAAGUUUUUGCCUUUCGUUUUCAGUUGUUCAGAGGUCAAUCUUUCUUUUCCCGGGUUUCCACUGUUAUUGGGUUUUACUGCUGGGCUUUUAAAUCAUUAAGUGGUACAAUACAAUGGUUUUUUUAAGCCUUGCCCCCCUAUUUUAUUAUAUAGUUAAAAAAAAAAAAUUUACUAAAAAGUUAGUUAUAUUUUAAUGUGGCCCAAAGCUCUGUGUGUCCUGGAUGGACGGUUUGACUAUCUUCUUGACACUCUCCCCAUGUACCAGCCUCUACUGAUUUCUUCUUGACAAAGGUUGUGCUAGCGAAAUCACAAGAUUCAUUUCCACCAUGUCUGAGUGUUCGAAUGUACCAUAAACGGUCUUAUAUGAAAGAGUCCACAACUAAUACAGAAAAUCACAUCAAUGUUUCAACUACAGUAUAUUGGACUUUCAUCAGGACCUGUGCAUUUAUAUUAUUAUUAUAUUAAUAUAUAUAUAUAUAUACACACACAAAAACACAAAUAUUUAAUCCUACAUGUGUAUCCAUUUCUUAUCCAGUGGCUGGAAAGUACCACUUUGUGGAGAGUUGCCUUCUGUUCCAGUUCCGGCUGAACUUUAGGAGAAGGCGAAGACUCAUGGAACUUCUCAGUGAAAAACCCCAGGCUGUGCUAGAGAGUCAUGACAGCCCCUUCUGUCUACGCAAGCAAAGCCACGACAAGGCCACCAGUUUCCAGUCAGGUAGGUCGGCUUAUGUGGAAGCCAGUUCAUAAUAUUAAUUCAUUUCAGUUUGAAAAAUAUAUGGAUUCAAGAUAAGUUUAGAGUUUAGUUGCAUUACACUAUAUAUAUUUGACCUUUUUUCCUUUUUCAUUUACUAUUGGGCCCACUAUCAGGGUUCAUUUCUAAAAUGAGAAUUCAACGUGAAUUCCAAAUUUAAGGCCAGAGCAGCCGAAUGGACAGCUUAAUUGACUUAGAUAGUUUUUGUUUUGGCUAUUUUGACCUGAAAUUUGAAAUGACUUUGAAUUCUCACAUUAGUAAAUAACUUGGUUUGAUAGUGUGUCCAAUUGCAAAGCUCCAACUGUUGUAAUUGAUUUCAGAGUAAUCUGAAUUAAAGCUCUAUUCUCAAAAAUGUGUAUGUAUAUAUGUAUAGUUCUAUAUGAAGGAUUUUGUUUUUGUAAUAACUUUCACAUAUUAAACAGGGUCAAUGCUUACUGCGUAUUUACUUUCAGCAGUCAUUGUUCUACGAAUUCUGUAUUAGCGGAUUUUUGUUUUCUUUGCAGUGAGCCCCACCAAUGAGGUGAAGACUGUGUCAUCAGUCAGGAGGAGUAGUCUGAGCAGCAACAGCAGCCUUGGUUAUUUCCAUAAUGUCCCGAUUAGCAGCAUUAACCCAUACGUGCCAUUAAGCAAUCCUCGGUCAGGUAAGACUGAUUGCCAAUUUGUGAAAUAACUCUGUAGUUUACUAUCAUAGGUUUGUAGCUGAACUGAGAUGCCACCAUUAGGUAUCCCCGCUGUUCCUUCCUCAAAGCUGUAAGAAGCGCUGUAGUGAUUAUAGCCCUUUCCCCAGCAACUAGAUGACACAUAGUUCUGGGAGUCAACUGGACUUUCUUGUGCCACACUCUGCUCUUUAUGCACAGACCCCCAGCAUGGGGUCUCCAUAGAGAAAUGUACAAGUCCCUCCCAGGCGCAUCUGUGCCUGAGAGAUAAUUGAGUCCAAACAGGAUAACUCAAUUAUUUCUCAGUUACAAGAAAUAAUACAGAAUCAUACCCCAUACCUCAAUAAUACAAUUUCACACCCCAAAAACAUAUCAAAAUUAUGCAGGAACCCCACAAAAGCUUGAGUCUGAAUACCCAAGUUUUCAAAAAAGCGCUUAGAUCUCUUUGGUAGAACGGAAUUGCCGCUCGGGUAAAGUAUUUGUUUGUUUUUUUUAAUCUUUAUUUUUGCAGUGCAUAUGAAGACAAAAACAGAUACGCUACAAUGUCAAGGUUGCAAUAGCCAACACAGCAGAUAACACAUGAGGAACGGUACAUGACAUUUUGAUAAACUGCACAGUUUUAUAAAGUAAUGUAUGCAAGCAAGUGCGAAUCAGGUUAAAAACCUAAGAAUAGAAUAAGGAAGGUGGAAGACAAGGUAACUGACUCUUCUAUAAGUAAUACAAUAUAAUACCACCAAGUAGCUUAUUAACUGUGAUCAGUGAGCUUACCAGGUAAAGUUAAACAAGAAUGGAUGAAGGAGCUCAGACAAGGAGAAUAGAGUGUAAUGGCAAUCAGCGGCUAGAUAAUAGUACUGGCAUCAGCAAGAAAAUCAGAGGCUAUUGACUAAAUAUUCCUUCUUAACCAGUGUCCCCCUGAGUGUGAGCCACUCAACCUAUACCUGUAGCGGUCAGGCAGAGUCCAGACAGGAGCACAGGUGAGCCCAGGCUGUAAUAGCUGAAGAAGUCAGCACCCUGGCCCCUCUGCACCCACACUCACAGCCCUAAGCAUGAUCUGGGGGUAGCACACCUUGUCCAAGAUGCCCUCCACGCCAUGUGCGUGGGCUGAUAACUGGAGACUUUCUCCUAUUCAAAGCCUCUCCAUGUUGUGGACUGUGUUCGGGAAUUCCUCCCACAUGAGUCUCCAGCCCGGGAAGGUGUUGCGGGAUCGAGGAGCAGGACUGUGGGAACCAAUCAGGCUCACGAGGUGCUGGGUCCAGAGCAGGUAAGUUGAGCUGUAGUGCCCACUCCUCCAGCCUCUUCCAGAAGCGAGCACAUAGCUUGGUUAACAGCCAGAGGUGGUCGGUGCUCAUUGGGAUAUUCUAUUCAGGAAACGAACAGAGGGGGCUACGGACAGCCAAACAAAAGUGAAAAAAGUAUUUUAUAGCAAAUCCAUUCUGCUACAAGGUUCAUUAGGCAUUUCAUCCUUCUGAGGUCACAGAAAUGAUUAAGAAAAUGUCUUCGGUAACAGUAACCUGUUACAGUAGAACACUUUGACUUUAUAAUAACAUGUGAUAUAUAAGUACAGUAUUGUAAAAGGGGAACAACCAUGAAAAACAAUCCCUUAUUUCUAAAUACAUUAUGCAGCUUUGAAAUCAUGUGUCAGCAGUAUAGUCGCCGACAGACAGACCCUUCUCUUAUCAGGAAGAGGCCACUAUAUACCCCUACCCAGCCGGUAUUUAUGGAUUAAGUAGAACGCGUGAAAUGCCUAUGCCAUACAGUAGCUGAUAUCAGUUUAAACACAGAGACCAGUUUUGUUAUAAGCCACUCUAACUAUCUAAUCUCUGCACCACUAACUUUGCAAUUAUACAAACGUGUUAUGGUGCUUAAUGAAUUAGUUAUGUCAGACUAUACAAUGAAAUAAAAUAGAACUGACAGUGGUAGGAUUGGAAGGUGAGAGUGAAGUGGAGAAAGGACCCACUAAUUAAGUUGAGACAGUAAUGACAGUUACCAUGAGGGAACAUAUCCUAAUCUGAAAUAAUGAGCUUUUAGGGACUUCUUAAAGGAUGGCAGCCUAUGAGAGAGUCUGAUGGGGAGGGAGGCAGGUUGUUUCAUGAGAAUGGAGUCAUAUCGCCCACACACAGCAAGAGCUGAUUGGCUAACAUCAGCAAUCUGUAUUUAAGAGAGCAUUCUAACUGCUGCUACAGCCUUUAUCCCAUGAACGGGUGUGUGCCUAGAGCUCUCUGAACCUUCUGAUCCCCCAGAAGCCUGGCAUAAUUUGCUCCUGGAACUUGAGUAUUGAAUUAGAGUGCACAUAGGUGUGUGCACUGAGUGUGCCGGGUGUGCCUGGGCACACCCUAAUCCCUGCGGCACGCCUAUGGAGUGAGACCGGCAGGAGAGAUCUCAGGAUCCCCCCUGUCGGCUCAUGCAGAGUCGGCAUUAUCUGAGCGCCGGCUCUGCUCUAAGCCUUCCCUCACCGACCCACAGGCAGUGAGGGAGGCAGGAGAGGACCCAGUAAGCUAUGGCCAGCAGCUCUGCCGGUUUCCUCUCGCGAGAUCUGAGCAUUGCGGCAACGUUCAGAUCUCGCGAGAGUGAACUCUAGCCCCGCAGGCUAGAGUUCAAUCUCCACUGGACCACCAGGGAAGGAUGGCAACAGUAACAAGGAUCCAUUCCCAGGCAUAAAGUAAGAAGGGGGGGGGAUAUUUAUGAACUAAUCUGCCCCCACCUCCGCCCCCACAAAUCACCCAAACAUACAGCACACAAACAGCACACACACACAAACAGCACACACACAUACACACACAGCAGCCUCACACAUACAGCACCCACACACAUACAGCACACAAAGCACCCACACACAUACAGCACCCUCACAAAUACACACACACAGCACCCUCACACACAGCACACAAACAGCACACUAACAGUACCCUCACAAACACACAGCACCCACACAGCACACUAACAGUACCCUCACAAACACAAACAGCACCCUCACACACACAGCACCCUCACACAGCACACUAACAGGACCCUAACAAACACACACACAGCAUACUACCAGUAUCCUCACACACAAACAGCACCCUCACAAGCACACACAAACACCCUCACCCACAUAGCACACUAACAGCACCCUCACACAGCACACACACACACACAGCGGUGUAUGUGUGUGUAUAUAUAUAUAUAUAUAUAUAUAUAUAUAUACAUAUAUAUAUGUAUAUACAUACAUACAUAUAUACAUAUAUACACAGCGUGUGCUUGUGCUUUAGGGUGCACACCCUAAUGCAAUAGGCUGCGCACGCCUAUGAGAGUGCAAGAUUGUCUACAGUCCGUCUGCACGAGGCAGAGAAAAUGUCUUAGUCUGAAGUAUGAUUUUAAUUUUUUUUUUUUUUUUUAAGUCUAGCGCCAGCGCUAGAAUCUAGUCUACUGCAAUAUAUAUUAUAUCACAUUUCAAUGUUAAACAAAACCGAAUGUAUUUGUAUAUACAUAUGGGAAGUAAAGGGGUUGAGGUCCUUAAUAUAUCACGUGAGUUUCCUUAUCUCUAGGAACUAACUUUUCAUAAACAAAUGUGCAGCCUCUGUUAGCUGUACUGGAGGGAUGCUUUGGUAAUUAAGCAGUUAAUAGCUCAUUAACAAAAUAUGUGUCUUGAUUGCAAAGCUUGCUAUAUACAGGAAGUUUGCCAAUCUCACAACAUUCCUCCCUGAGUAGCUGUCAAUUAUCAUAUGCGGCAAGGUUACCGAAAAACAGAAGCUCAUUGUGCAAGAAGCCAUUAAGGCUAUUUUUGCUCUGUGUGUUUUACAAUCUGCUCUUACAGAUAAGCACAAACACUCCAGAAACGGAAUAUAGAACUUGGUUGAGAAACCACAACAAGAGCACUCGAAGAACCACAAUGUAAACAAUUGAGCAACAACUUUUAGAGAAGUAUUAUAUAUACUUUUUAUUUCAGAGAUAUGAAAGAAAGAUGUUUGCAUGCAUUGUUAGUCGUGAUAACGCUGACUAAUGCAUUAGAGCUGUGCAACUAAGGUGGAUUUUUCAUGUUUGAAAAGCUGUUCUUUUAUAUAGGGUGUAGAGUUAUCACAUAUCCACAUGUAACCAAAACAAGAUUUAUAGAGUUGAGAAGGGAACUGCCAAAACACGUGAACUGGAAACAGAAGAUGAAUUGGAGAAUUUGUGCAUUUCAACAUAUUUGACCUGCAAUGUGCAACUCCAUCGCCAUUUGUCUACAAUUCCAAGUUUAGAAAAAAAAAUAUAUAUAUUUCUUGUACUUCAUUUGAAUUUAUUUAAAAUUGCAGUUUGUAGUUAGCAAAUUGUGCAGACCUGGAUGCAAAUAAAAUUGUAAAUUCAUCUGCCAAGACAAUAGGUUGAAAUUGCUGCAAUUCAUUUUGUCAUUAUUCCUUCCUGCAUAAAUGACUAAGAUUCUCCGUAUCUGUGGCUGUGAGUGAAGGUAUUGAGAUGUUCAAUAUAUUAAUCUAAAUAGAGAGGAUGGGGUUUGCCUGAUGGAUUAUCAAUCAUCACAUUAGCUCACACAUUGGUAGUAAGCUGAGACAGUGUGCACUGCACGUUAAGCGGGUAAUUCAAGGGCUGGAUUAUGUUAUUCAGAAAUAAAUCACUAUUUUUGUAAAUGUUGAUACACAAUAUUCACUGCAUCAUUUUAUUUUUUUGUAGUGUUGAAGAGACCUGUUACUUUGGAUGAACUUCUGGCUCCAGGAGCACCAUACAUCAGGAAGACUCUGACUGUAAAUAUUUCCAAUAUAGUUACUUUAUCUUUUAAAAUAUAUCAAGCACUUAUUGGCUAAAAUACAGGAAUCUUUUCAGCUCCACCGAAAUCUGUUUUUUUUUUUUUUGUUUUUUUUUUUAGAUCCUCAUUUCUUUCCAGUGCUGUCAGCUGUUUAACACUUUAUACUGGCGUGGUUUUUGUGUUUUUUUACGCUUUGUAUAAAUGUGUCAAUUGUGCAAUUUUGUUUUUUCUUACUUUUGAAUACAAAAGAAGACUAAUUGAUAAAAAAAAAAAAAAAAUGCUGAUAAAAUACUUGUGCCUUACAUAUGUACUUUAUGUAGUAAGAUGCUUUUUACUCUUUAAGCUGUGACCUAUAAACGGGUCCACAUCUCCUAAUGGUGGGCUCAAACUGGUAGGAGAUAUUUACAGAUACAGCAUUUCUUUCCCGGUGUAAUUUAGACCCUUUUCAUACUGGAUAGAGUCUAAAUGGAGUUUUGCAAAAUUCAUAGUAAUAUUAAUUAUGCUACGUCUGAAAUAUAGGUCAGUGAGCUUGCUUUGCAAAGGAAGAACAGGUGCCAAGCUAAUUCUAAGUCGAUAGCUUGAAUCGUUGUUUAAAAAGACUUUAGAUCUGCUGGUCUAGUAAGUGUGUUUCAUGUCAUUCAUAAGCAUGAAUCAGAUGGUAAAUAUUUAUAUUGGUAAAUAUGAAAUAAAUGGCAUUCAGUAAAAGAAGUAAUAAUUUUCUCUGAGUUUACAAUCAGAUUCUUGAAUAUCAUCGUCUGUAUUAUGUAUAUGUGUAGAUAGACAGACACAAAACAAACAAGCUUUCCUGGGUCAAAUAUUGGUGGCUGCCAGGUUCAUUCCUUGCACUUUAAACUCCCCUGGGGGAUUGCAAUAAAAAGACCUGUGAGUGCUUACUAACUUGGACAGCACCAGGGGAAAGUGUCUGUAAGGAAGCUCUGGAUAAUGUUUGAUAAUGUUUGUGUGUUUGUGCUUAUGGUGCUCCACACAGUUAAAUUCAACGUACUCACAUGCUCACAAUUCCAUACAUGGUGCAUGUCUCUGGAGACUCCCCAUAACAGUCUUCUUGAUUUCCACUGCUGGGCUCAGUCUAAACAUUUAUGUGGAUUACGAUGGGAUAGGGAGAAAACAAGAAUAGUUUAAAACAAGUGGUUUGCUGCGUAAACUCAAAUACAAUGCAUUACUCUUGUCCAUGUGGAACUUCUGUGAAACCUUUAUGUAAUCUAUACAUUAUGUAAUAUAUGUCUAUAAUCUGCUUUUCUUUAACAGUAGCCUAACUUUAACAAUUCUUGGAUUAAAACAAAUGAUCUCCCUCCCUGUGUUUGCAGAUUGUCAGCGAUGCGGUGGGAUGGGGUUUUGUGGUUCGUGGGGAAAAACCUUGUCACAUACAAGCAGUAGAUCCAAGUGGCCCGGCAGCUGCAGCUGGAGUGAAGGUGUUAUUUUUAUUUACUUUAUUUUUAUUCUAUAAGGUUCAAAGAAAGUUCAUUGACACAUGAAUAAACAACAAAAAUAGUGUGAUAUACCAAUAACAAGUAGGUAAAUAUAAUUUUUUUUUGGUAUAUGAGAAAAGGAGGGGAGAGAGGGGAACUGAAUGAGGACGAGCCAUAGAAAGAAAGAUACAUCGUGUCAAGGGAAGAAGAUACUGUGUUGUUAUAGAUUUAAUGGCCACCAUUUUUCAGGUAGUCUCUAUGAUACAAUAACAUGUUAUUGGUGUUUGGUAACCAGACAAUAUUUAGUUACACCACUGGGAUUGCAUAGAUUUAAUGGGGGGACAUUAUUGUCUGUUAUUCUUGGUAGAAUAGUCCAACAAACUGCCUAAUACUCUUUGGAGACUGCCUUUUUAUUAGAAGGUGUUUGGCAAGUGAACACUGGUCUACAUUUAGCUAAUGCUUUAGAAAGCAAUGCAGCGAUGUUGUAGAGGAUCUGAGGGAUUGCCAACGAUGUAUAUAGAUCAAUAAAACAUUUAAAAUGUAAUACACAAGUGCAUUCAAGUACACACCAUAAGAAGACACAAACACACACACAAACACAAUGAAACACACAAUUUUUUUUAAACUGUAUUUAUGUUCUUUUCAGUUAAUUUUAUAUUGAACAGCUUUAAAUAAUGAUUAUACAAAACUCCCAGUAUACUAGUAAUGCUUGCCAGCAUAUGGCAUCCACAGCAUAGAGCAAGAGGGGACAACCCCCCAACCCCCAUUUUUUUCUAUUUGUUUGUUUUAAAUACCACCUGAUCCUAUGUACCAAGGGUGGGGUGAGGUAGGGAAAACACACAAUCAUAUGCAGACACAUGCACUCAAACAGAAUUAAUGCUGGCUAAGGACAAUGUUAAGGCAUGUAAAUUGGAGUAGCCAGAAUAGUCCAGUAAUUCAUAUGCCAAAAUGCCCGGAGUAUUGCAGUGCAGCAAUACCUUUUUAUUAAUUAGUGAUUCUGGUCUGAAGAAGAGAAAAAUGCAUUGUCAGUCCAGUAAAAAGGGUAUCUCUGCACACUGCAAUAUUCUUGUGCUUUUUGUAUGUGUGUUAACAAUGGCAUCAUGGACCUGGCAACAUCAACAACAAUAUCUCAUCUCUCUGAUACAUUACCUUUAUAAACCAAGAGAUUUUACUGGAAAUGAAAUCUGAAAACAUCCCAGGCCCGUGAUGUAACCUAGUAACUGCGCAAUGCUAUAAAAAGAAAAGUGCUCAGCACUAGAAUUAGUUUUCCAUUGAAACACAGGCUUUUGAAAAUGAAUCUGACAUCCAGAUACAAAUUGUUGCCCUUGCUCUUGUAACACUGUAUUUAAUUGACACUGCAUGAAUUGGAAUCCGUCUGCAUAUUUCAUCUUCUUUUUUCUUUCUAAUUUUGAUUUGAAACUGUUACAGAGAAUACACUAGACUAGAUUUAGCAGACCUUAGCUGCUUGCUACUGUAUUCACUUUUUAAUUCUCGUUUAUAAUUCAUGUAUAAAUCCAGUGCCUGUUUAACUAGUGCCUGGAAGCACCGUCUGAAUGUAAAGGGACACUAUAGUCACCAAAACAACUUGAACUUAAUGAAGCAGUUUUUGUGUAUAGACCAUGCCUCUGAAAUCUCACUGCUCAAUUCUUUGCCAUUUAGCAGACAAUUCACUUUUGUCUGAAGAGUCCAGUAGCCUGUUGCUAACACUUUAUAUACAAUUGAACAUAUGAGUAGGUCAUUGAGGCACACAAUAAUCUUGUCAUCAUUUUUUGUUAUUCAAAAUAAAAUAUGAAAUGAGUCCUAGCCUUGAUUUAUUGUUUUGUAAUGCAUACAUAUAAGUAAAUACAAUUUUAGUACAUUUCCUGGCUUGCCCUUGUUCUGUAAAGACAGCCAUCUGUAAGUAUUUAUUUUUUUAGAGCCCUUCUUACCAAAGCUGAAACCAGCUCGGAGUAUGUUUCUGAGAUGACUGGAACUUGUACGUGAUGUCGGUAUUUGUGAACAUUAGCUCUUGGUUAGUGCAUGGUCAUUAGCUCUUGGUUUGAUCUGACUAAAGAGGGCUUAACGAUGUCUGCCCUCACUGAGCAAAGGUAAGGCAGGAAUUGCAUUGGAAAUAUACCUUUAUUUAUAUGUCUCUUAUAUAUAAUUUAUGCAUUACAAAAUAAUAAACAGAGGCUAUAAUAAUGUAAUAUUUUAUUUAAAAUAAUCAUAAAAAACCACAACAGUAAAAAAGACAUAAUUUUGCAAGCAGUUAAUUCGUCUGCAGAUCUAUAGUGUUUCUUAUUUUUUACUCUGUAAUAUGACACUGGGAUCAUACACAUUUCCCUAACCAGCCAUCUCUGGCAGCAACUUGUAAAUUCUGCUUACUUUUGCCAAACUUUGUACAACGUGUUUAAUGUGGCAUGGCUUAUAUUCAGCACUGCCUUGCCACUUCACUUGUAUACAUCCAGAGUAACUAACUGCCUGAGGUCCUUGUGAAUGGUUUUAUUUAAUCUCCGAUACAGAGCUUCCAUUGACUUGCAACACAGCAACAUUGUGUGCUCAUGCCAAGUCACAAACUAGAAGCGUACAGGGAUAGCCUUGUCAGUGGCAUUGGAAUGUCUGGACCAUGUUUAUAGCAUGCAAGGAGUCUGAUAAAGCCCAUCAGUCAACUUCUAGCCAAAACAAAGGCUCACGUGCACCAUAACAUGGAGAAUGCAAGACGAGAGAGAAACCCUUGUGGAAUAGAGAUAAAUAUGUGCUUGGUUUUUAUUACACAAAGAACAAACUAUUUAUUUAGCAAUGCUCGCAUAAAGAGAUAUAUAUCCACCUUUUAUAGUCUCUUUAAAAUAUUAUGUUAUAAAAUGUUGAGUCCCAUAGAGAAUACAUUAGAAUUUGGAUAAAAUACAUUCUGCUGCCUUAGGACCAUUCACACACCACUAGUUAACUGAAUAAACUAUGUAUUAAGUGGAGCGCCUAUCGGGAAAUAAAUGCUUAAAAACUAAGAGAGAGAGGAGGGUGAACAAAUAGGUAACCUAUUAACCUAUUUAAAUACUGAGAAAAAAUAUCUAAUAAAGAAACACCCUACUCUCUAUACCAGCAUUUCCCAAUUGAUGUUCUGCGGAACCCUAGGGUUCUGCGAGAACACAAAUGGGGUUCCGCCAAAAUUUCUAAAAACAAAAUAGGCGCAGGUGGCGAGGGAGCAGUGGGCAGUGAUCUCCCUGCUCAGCUCCCUUGCGUGCACAGCAGUUAUGCCGGAGCCGUAAUAUGAUGUCAAUCCAUCAUCACUAAGAGACGCGCGAGGAGGCUGAGCAGGGAGAUCACUGGUCCCUCGCCGCCCGCACGCCAGCCGCUCAGCAGCCCCACUGGACCCCAGGGACUGCACGCUCAGCCCAGCAGCCUCACUGGACCAUAGGGACUCCAUGCCAGCACUCCCAAAGGUAGGGAGGCUGGGUGGAGUAAAAUUCAAAAAUAAUAAUAAAUUGUAUAUGUGUCUGUUAGAGAGUUUGUAUGUGUUUGUGUGUCUUCAAAAAGUAUAUGUGUCAGUUAGAGUGAAUGUGUGCUUGUCAGUGAGUGUGUAUAUGUGUUUGUAUGUGUGUCUGUAAAAGAGUAUGUAUGUUUGUCAGUGAGAGUGUAUGUGUGUCUGUCAAAGAGUAUGUGUCUGAGUGUGUCAGUGUGUGUAUCUGUGUGUCAAGGUUUGUGUAUGUGUCACUGUAUGUAUCUGAGUGUGUGUGUACGUCAGUAUGUGUGUAUGUGCGAGUGUAUAUCAGUGUGUUUGUAUGUGCCUGUGUGUGUGUAUUUCAGUGUGUAUCUAUCUGUGUGUGUGUGUGUGUUUGACACUGUGUAUGUGCCAGUGUGUGUAUCUCUGGGUGCAAGUGUGUGUGUGUGUGUAUUUGUUAUUCAAGGUGUGUGUAUGUGUAUCUUAGUGUGUGUGUCAGUGUGUAUCUGUGUGCCACUAUGUGCCAGUGUUUGUGUGUAUCUGUGUGUCAGAUACAUAUACAUACACUGACACAGAGAUUCACAGACUGGCACAUACAAACAAAGAUAUAUAUAUAUAUAUAUAUAUAUAUAUAUAUAUAUAUAUAUAUAUAUAUACACACCGGCACAUACAAACACAGAUACACACACUUUGACACAUAGAUACACACACCUUGACACACAGAGUUUCUUUAUUAUAUUUAACUGAAUACCUUCAAGAAAAGUGUUUUUGUCUUUUAAAAUUUCCCCCUCCAAGAACACUGCAGGUCGCAACCAGAUGGGACGUUGGUGAAAAUUAAUUUGGGAUUUUACUUGCAGUUAUACAUUUGAUCUGAAUUCCUAGUCUUUGCUAAUAUAGAAUGAGUUGAGGUUAUUUAUAAAGAGACGUUGUGGGGCAAAGCUGAGGCAAUCACCAUGGAAACCAACAGAAUGGUCAGGCUGAUUACUUCAUUUUCACAGCUUUGCCUAAAAAUGAAUGGUUUUUACUGAACUCUUACAAAAGCGACAGAAAAGGCAUUCUGUGUAGUGGUGGAGUGGUGUAAAACGAAUCUUGAGCAUAGAUAGGCUACCAACAGGUCUCUUGUAAACCAAUACAGGAAAAUGAAAAGAUAGAUUUCUGGUUUUACAAACAGAGAUAGUCACUGAAGUGAGAAUUCAAAGUAAAUUUAAAAUGAAUUUCAAAUUUAAUGCUAAAGAUGGAAACAUAGCUCAGAUAACCGUCUAAGAUAAUUUAUCUGAUUCAGUUAUUUUAACGUUACAUUUUGAAAUUCGCUUUGAAUUCAAUUUGAAUCCUCACUUUAGUAAAUCACCCUUAAAAAGUUCUCUUAUUUUCAGAAAGCAAGUUACAAUAUAAUGCGUGAUGCUAUUUUGCUAUAUUCAGCACCCCUUAUUAAGCCUUUUUUUUUUUAUAUUUCAGUUACGCCAGUUCGUGGUAUCUGUGAAUGGGGUUAAUGUUCUCCAUGAACACUUCAGAAAAGUGAGCAGCAGCAUCCUAAACGGUCCACGAACUAUUGUUAUGGAAGUGAUGGAAGAAACCAAAUCCUAAAAUGUGACGGAGCACAAGGUGAACCAAAUGGAACCAAAGUUAAACAGAGGAACUUGUCAUUCUACAUAACCAGCUCCGUCCAAACUAGCUGUUAUCUUCUUUUUUUUUUUUUUUGUACUUUGGCUCCGAGCCUUGUAGCAAACUUUUAGCAGCUACAGUGACGAAACUUGAAAACAACCCUAUUUGCCAUAAUUGUCUUUUACAAUGAAUAAGCUGUGCUCAAAUUCUUUAUGUACUGUAUUUCUAGACAUUUAAAUAUAUAUAUGUGUGUGUGUGUGUGUGUGUGUCCGUGUAACAAAUAUGUAGUGUUCACUUAAUGAAGACUGUUUGGAAGUGUUUAAAAAGUGCCAUUACAGAGUCACGAUGAUAUUAGUUUGUGAAACAAUGAUGCUUGUUAAUGAUUGUAUGUAUGAGGACAUUUUCAAUGCAAAAAGUGAAUCUUUCUUACACUGUUAAAUUCACUACAAACAGAAACUGGGUCAAGAGUGAAGACUGAGCGAAUUAGAAAAGGCAAAGUAAAUACUUGAAUCAAAAUCCUACACAAAUGAUUGUAUUGUAGCAUUGAUUUGCAAUAUCUGGAACGCACAGUUUUACACAUAAAGGGAAGCAUUCUAAUCUUAGUACAAGUUGCAUAGAACUGUUUAUCGGUACAUUUUGUUAACCUGUUUAGAUAGUAAAAUGUGUAGAGAUUAAACUUUGACUUGUUUUAAACAAUGGUUGUCUAAGAUUGGUCUUCCAGCUGUCUUAGCAGUAGAAUUCUGGGUGAUAGAGUCUCUUCUACAAGCUCAAAGUUGGUUGGCAUUGAGGGUGACAGACAGCCAUGUUAAAGUAAGUAAAUGAUUCUUGGUAGUGGUUUUUAAUUCUGUUUUUAUUUUACUGCCAAUAUAGAUUGUGUACCUUUUUAUUCUGCACUGUGUUAUAUAUCAAAAAAUCUUUUGGCUGCAGAACCAGUGCAGGAAUAAGUGUUUUCUAGAUUAAAAAAAAAAAAAAAAGUGAAGCUCGUAUAUCGCCUGUUGUUUUUGUCAAGAUUUGAUGUAGUUCUCAAGUCCACAUUUGCAGCUGUAAGACUUUAAAUAUAUUUCUCCUAUUAUGGAUCCAGUUGUGAUACAGAAGCCAGAAGAAUGUAUAGUCUACAUGUUGCCAAAACGACGUAUAACAUUUCUGAUAAAACGUGCCAGUGAGAUAUAUUGGGGACUGGGGGGUUUUAACGCUAAUGUGUAUUAACGAAGGAAGAGAUGCAAAAUGUUUUACUCAAAUCAGGAAUUUUUAAAUAUGUUUAAGGAUAAGCAGAGAUAUGCCUUUAUUAAAAAAAAAUAAACAUUUAUCACCUUAUAUGUUGUCUGAAUUAAUUUUUUAUAUUAACG